GGGCGGUAUAUACAUUUAAUAAAUGAUAUUUUUAACAAUAAUAAUGUUAAUAAAUAAUAAUAUUUUAAGGGCAAUUCUUCCCUGCCUGGAGAUGGAAAAGUUUGGGACAGCAGAGAAUGGAAUCUGAUGGAAUUUUGCUUGGAGGCAAAAGUGACCCGGCUGGUGGAAAAUGUCUGUUGAGGCUGACAGUUGAAGAGAUGAAAAAUGGAAGGGGGAAGAGUGGUGUAGUGGUUAGAGUGCUGGACCAGGAGGACUAGAGAGACCAGAGUACAAAUCCCCACUCGGCCAUGAAGCUCACCUAGGACCAUGUAUGCCAGUAUAUAAAAGUGGUUGCGACAGAUGGGGUGAACUAAGAAAACACGAGGAAAAGAGGGGUUAAAAGGAACCAUGGGAAGAGGAUAGGAAGUCACUGUUUUCUGAUCUUGUCGAUUAUUCAAAAUCUUUGAAAGUAUUUUUCUUUGUUGUCUCGUUUUUGUUUAAUGCUUUGUUGAUGUGGAAUAUUAUCAGAAAAGCAAAUAAAUAAAAUAUUUAUGGGGGGAAAUCCUGAAUAUGAAAGGAAGGAAGCUUCCCACCUCACUAGUAGAGCUGCAAGGAGACACGCUGUGAUGCCAACUGAAUCGGACCUUCCUACUUUCGCAGGUUAAAAGGUGGAAACAAAAUUUUAAAAAUCCUUCCAGUAGAAGUGUGCAUGCACACGAAAGCUCAUACCAAUAACAAACUUAGUUGGUCUCUAAGGUGCUACUGGAAGGAUUUUUUUAAUUUUGUUUCGACUACGGCAGACCAACACGGCUACCUACCUGCAGGUAAAAAGGUGGGAGAGCUACCUCACAGGUGUGUCAUGGGUGGAUGAACUAGGCAGAGGAAGAACUAUCUAUGCCGCUUUUUGUCAUCUUCAUCAUGCUUUAUGAAAUUCGUUAGUCGCUUUAUCUUGCCCAAGGCAACCCAAAGCGACUGACAACCAAAUGUAAUAACAAAUUAUUAUGAUUAUUCAUUAAAUUUGUAUAUAUCACCUGCAAAUCUCAGAGCAGUCCACAGCAUAAAAAGACAAGAGGAAAAACACAGAACACCUACUAAAACGGUGCACUGAAAUGCAACAACGAAACGAAACGAUUUCGCGCGUCCCGGUGGCUGUCCUGGCACUUGCCCUUCCCAAUCAUGGCCGCCUGCGCUUCCGCAGAGGAAGCGCCGAGAGGCCUGAGAGGCAGCGGGGGGGGGGGCGAGUCAGGUGACGGGAGACAAGAUGGCUGCCUUCCCCUGGUAAGGACGGAGGAGCUUCUCUUGCAGAUAGUCUUGGAGACAGAAGCUGGGAGGAGGAGACGGCGGCUUGCGACGGGCAGCUUCCCGCUUUAAUUCCCUUUUUGUCUUGCAAGGCUUUGCUGACAUGUUUGGGGCGGGGCGGGUUCUUUUUGUGAGGUGUCUGGUAUUUAUUAUUAUCUUUCAUGGCAGGCAGAUAUGGCACGCCAGGCUCUAAUAGGCUAUGUGGUGCUUAGCUAUUUAAGUUUUAUUUUUAUUUUUUAAAGUUAUUACUGACGGCACGUUUGCAGCUCACUGCCUUUCAGCAACCGCUUUGGCACUGUGACCCCUUAGGUAAAGGUAAAGGGACCCCAGACCAUUAGGUCCAGUCGUGGCCGACUCUGGGGUUGCGGCGCUCAUCUUGCUUAUUGGCCGAGGGAGCCGGCGUACAGCUUCCGGGUCAUGUGGCCAGCAUGACUAAGCUGCUUCUGGCGAACCAGAGCAGUGCACGGAAACGCUGUUUACCUUCCCGCUGGAGCGGUACCUAUUUAUCUACUUGCACUUUGACAUGCUUUUGAACUGCUAAGUUGGCAGGAGCAGGGACUGAGCAACGGGAGCUCACCCCGUCGCGGGGAUUUGAACUGCCAACCUUCUGAUCGGCAAGUCCUAGGCUCUGUGGUUUAACCCACAGCUCCACCCCUUAUGCCACAAUAAAUUUAUUUUUAGCCAUUGUGGCGAGAGUAUUGGACUAGGACCUGAGAGGCAUGGAUUAAAACCCUCACUCAGCUGUGAAGCUCACUGGGUACCCUUAGACCAUUGUCUUUCAGCCUAACCUACCUCGCAGGGUUGUUGUGAAGUUAAAAUGGGGAGCUGGCAGAACCCAUGCAUGCCGUUUUGAGCUCCUUAGAGGAAAUGUGAGAUGUAAAUGUAGUGACAAAUAAAAUAUCAGGUGCCAUUCUGGAAAUCCUUAGCCAUGGUGAGACAGCCAGAAAUCUAACGGUGCAUCUCUUGGGAAUUGUAGGUGUGAAGGGCCAUGUAUUUGGGGAAAUAAGUGUUUAAAGCCCAAAGAGGCUUCAACAGCAAAGUGGGUCUUGAUAUCUUGAAAUAAAUCAACAUUUAUUGGAAUAUAUAUUUCCUUGGUCUGUAGCCCUCUUCAUUGGCUACAUUAUGUUAGCCUCAUUUGGGAUGUGUGCUUAGGUGAUACAUAAAGAGGCAUCCUGGUGUAGUGGUUAGAUAGUGUAUUGGACUAAGGCUGAGGAAAACCCAGUUUCAAAUCCUCAGUCAGCCUAACCCAUUAUUUGUGAGGAUAAAAUGCCCUGAUAAAAAUGCCAUAAAAAACAGAGGAAAUCCAAAAUAGGAUCCAAUGGUAAUGAAAUACAGAAACGUACAGUUUUGGCCUCUUCAUUCAGCGGUGGGGUCUGCAUGCUGAAGAUCCCAGGUUUGGGCCCUGGUAUCUCCAGAUUACAAGGAUCUGGUGUCAGAUGAUGGAAAAGAUUUCUGCCUGAAAUCCAGUCAAAAUACUGGACUAGAUCAAGGCUGGAGAAUCUGUAGCCCUCCAGAAGAUGUUCAUGUCCUAUUUCCAUCAACUUCAGCCAGCAUAGAUAGGGAGUGGUCAAUUAUGAUGGGAUUUGUAGUACAAUAAAAUCUGGUAGGCCACAGGCUCCUCAUCUCUGGGUUAGAUAGUCAUGUAGUCUGAUCUAGUAUAAGGCAAGCUUCCUGUGUUUCUUUGUUUUUCUCUGCACACAGAUGCCUCUGAUUUUCACUUAACUUUCUUUAUUUCAUAGCAUUGCAUGUAUUGACUGCCGACAAAAAGAGAAGUGUUUUCUAUUGUGACAACAGAAACACUGCACAUUUGAAACAAGAUGUCUUGUGGGUUCUAACUGGAAACAGAGGUUAGCGCAGGCAUACUUGCAAAGUAUGUACAUGAUGCUGAAUCAUGGACAAUAUGCCAUACAUUCCCUGCACAUUGAAAUCUAGCAUGUCAGGAAGAAGGUGCAGGCUGUUGUAAAGAGCUGCACCCAUACCACAGUGCCAUGAAAGGUUACUUGUCGCUGAGGUGGUAAACUUGUAUAGCAGCUAAGUGCUCACUUGCUAGAACAGUUUGCUGUACAGCAUAAAUCCCCUGCACACGGACAUCUAGCAUGUCAGGCAGAAGGCUAGGCUAAAGCCCUGUCUAAAGUGAGCAGUUUUACUACCUCAGAAAGAACUGAAAGUACACUUAUUUUAGAAGUGUGGGAAGGAGGGCAGGGAGGCACUACACAGUAUAACCUUUUUUUAUUAGUUAAUUGAAUACUUCAAGGCAGAGAUGUGGAAACUUGUGUGUUGUAAUCCAACAACAUCUGGAGGGCCACAACUUUCUCAUUCUUGUGUUAGAGAUCUGUGCAUUCCUCAUGUUAGUUGUUUAUCUACUUUGGAAUAUAUGUGCAAUUUCAAUAUACAGUAUAUUUUUCUCCAGUCCACUUCCCUUUGGCAUCCAGUUGGUGUCGCUGUUGAUUUGUAUUAGCAAUCCACUGUGCCGAUUCUCCUGGCCCUGUUUUAUUUAUUGCAGGAGAGCACAGUGGUAAGAGUACCAUGUAUAAAAUAAAGUUGAGGUCUUUGAAAUUCAGAUAACUUCAAGAUAACCACUCCCUUGUGCCUCUUGACUGGAAUUACAUGGGCCCUGCUGUUCACACAACUGCAUACAUUUGCCUUAUGUUUAUAGAUAAGUUGUGUUGAAUGUAGAAGGAUGGUUCUUGGCUUGAUGAAUGGGCUGUCUUUGAAUUGCAAAGCAAGUGGGGAUGUUUUCUGCCUGUUAAAGCUUUAAUUAAAUUUCCCUUGCAAGUUCCCUGUGAGACAAUAUUCCAAGUUUUAAAUAUAGAGUUUGGAGAAUUGAGAAAAAUUUGACUCUUCAUAGAAUCAUGGAAUUGUAGAGUUGGAAAGGGCCACUAGGGUCACCUAUAGUCCAACCCCCUGCAGUGCGGGAGUCAGUGUGGUGUAGUGGUUAAGAGCGGUAGAUUUGUAAUCUGGGGAACCGGGUUCGCAUCUCUGUUCCUCCACCGGCAGCUGCUGGGUGACCUUGGGCCAGUCACACUUCUUUGAAGUCUCUCAGCCUCACUUACCUCACAGAGUGUUUGUUGUGGGGGAGGAAGGGAAAGGAGAAUGUUAGCUGCUUGGAAACUCCUUCGGGUAGUGAUAAAGCGGGAUAUCAAAUCCAAACUCCUCUUCUUCUUCUUCUUUUGCCCAAUGUGGGGCUAUUUGUUGGGUCUCUAUAAGGGAUGGGGAACCUCCAGAUGUUGCUGGACUACAACUACCAUCCUCCUGGUUCUUUGGCCAUGUUGGCUGGAGUUGAUGGGAGCCGAGUCCAUCAACAUCUGGAAGGCCACAUUUUCCCUGCCCCUGGACUAUGUUAUAGCUGAAUGGGGAUUUGAACUCUGUUCCAGCAUGCUAUCCGGCAGGAGUGGCUAACUUUUUUUGGGCACAACAGCUUCACUCACUCUUGGCCAAUCCUCUGAGGCCUGUGUGCUGCCAGUGAGAGCAUUCAGUCCAUGUUCUUGCACAGGCACACAGCUUCCUUUCCUUGGACAUCAGAUGAGUAGGUGGGGAGAGAGCGAUUUUUAUCCCCAGCUGAGUGCUGGGCCAAGGGAAGAGGUUCAAACUUCUCUUCCUACCCCAGCAUUUUGCCACUUUUCAUUUUUUGCCCUUUAGCCGCUGUCAAAACUGGUGAUGUAUCAUGAGACCAGAAGAAUUUGCUUGCAAGCUGAACCAUUCUGGCUCUUUGGCAAUCGCUGAGUGGUAAUCGCUUUCAAAAGUGUAACAUUUACCACUUGCUGACUGGCUUUUAAAAUAAAGAUUUAGAGUUGAGCCCAAUUAAAUCAUUGCGCUUGUGGAACAACGCUUCCCUUCUCUCCCCUCCUCCUGUGUGUCUCUCAGAUUUGCUCUGGGGAGCCUGCCAACCCUCCAGAACAGUUUGAGGGGGGCAGGGAUGUAGGGGAAGGGGUCAGAGGGAGGGGAAAUUCAGGUGCAUCAGUGAAAGGCAUUCCACGAGCACAAUUACAAUCCAAUAAUAAUACUAACACAUAGUAAUAAAUCUUUGUAACUUUUCAAAGCACUUCAUUAUCUAGUUGUAAUCAAGCUAAAUCAGUACAGUCGUACCUUAGUUUUUGAACAGCUUAGUUCUCGAAUGUUUUGGCUCCCGAAUGCUGCAAACCUGGAAGUGACUGUUUCGGUUUGCGAAUUAUUUUUGGAAGCCGAACAUCUGAUGGGGCUUCCGAUUGGCUGCAGGAGCUUGACUUCCCAAGGUACGACUGUACUAUUACAUGCCCCGUCCCCAUCCCAUUCCAGAUGUUGAUGUUGGGACUGAGGUUAAGUGGGAGUCAUUUGGCUUAGGUUUUCUGGUGAGUUCAUGGUACAUGGAAGGCUCAAGCUGAGGACUUCCUGAUUCAUAGCUCAGCCUCCUGGUCACUGCUAUGCCAGCUUUUCAAGAUACCAUGUAGGUGUUUGCUAGAGUAAAUUUUGUGUGUGUGUGAAUCUGGGAUUGGUGCACAGGAUGACCUAAGGCUAGGAUUCUCUUCAUUUUGCUGUUCACCCGGUAAAAAUUAGUCCCUGCAUAAGAUGUCUGUGCAUUCAUAGGAUACCUUUUAAAAGCCAGCCAGUGAGUGCAAAAAGCUGUGCUAGAAGUGGUCUUCUGUUUGUUGUCCCAGGUACCAAUAUUGUCAUGUUACUGUCUCAAACAGACACAGUUUUCUAAGGUCCAGAUUGCAAUUUGCAAUAGAAACCAACAUUUAAAGUUUCGGCUGUGUGCAUUUGCUUUCAGCUGCUGCUUUAUAGAUUCUUCUGAGGUCCAGCAAAAAUGCUGUUUCUGUGAAAGGGUGAAGGGAACUCUCUCUCUCUCACCCAAACUCUGUGCUGUUUUAAUUGUGAAAGUCCUUACAAAUGCUAAUAAGCUCAAGGGGCCAGCAAAGUAGCAGAAGUGUGGGGAAAACAUUGAGAAUAGUGCAUUCAAGUGAAUAUUUAUGCACAGGGCAGGCAGGAAACUGGAGAUUAAGAAAUGUAGGGAGACAGGCAUGAGCAUCCUUCACUGGGUUCUUUUUCUCCUCCUUUUACAAUGUCUCAUUAGGUUGUAAAGCCGUUCCUUUCAGUAGCACUGCUGGGUUGUCUGAUUCAAUUGGCCUUCAGAGUUGCACAGUCGGUUGGUGGCUGAGCCCUUGUCAAAUGCUUUUUUAGAAUAAGUGUUGUCUCUGCUUAGAAGAGUUGUGAAAAUGCAGUUGAUUUGCAGGACAUGACUGGCAGGUUAUUUCCCCCAGUUUUUUUCACCUGAAGUUUAUGCCAGCUAAAAAUAAGCAGCAGAUUUGUAAUGUGAUGGAUUUCACAGUUGAUAAAGACAACAAUAGAAGGAAUCUUUGCAGCUUCUUUUGUUUGAUUGAAGCACUGGCAGUUCCUCUGUUUGAUGCCUUCGAAUGAUGAGAAAAGGGUAAAAGAUGACAGACAAAAGGAAGUAUUCCUUUAGAAAUGGAAACUAAGCAAUAGAAAGGACUGUCAGUAGCACACAAGCACAAAUGACUUUAUAAAACAGGAGUGGGGAACUGGAUCUGGCUGGUGGGAUCUGUUCAGUGCCGGAUAUGCAUGGCUGUCCAGCCUUUGCCUGAACACCCCCAGUGAGGAAGAGCUCACCACCCCACGGGUCAUUUAUUCCACUGUCAAGCUGCUACUCUCGUCAGUAAGUUUAUCCUGAUGUUCAGCUGAAAUCUGCCCCCCUGUAACUUGCACCCAUUCAGAUGGGAGUAUCUGGAGGUCUCUAUCAUGUCAUGUUAGUUUGAUCCUCAGUCUCUGUGCCAUGUGCUUCUCUAAGCAUCUUCUUGUGGAAAAAUGUGGCUUGUAAACACAACACACAAACUUUGAUCCUCCUCCAAAUUGCUUCCAUAGGGAGCUGCCAGCUGUGGGUACCAUAGCUAGGUGACGUGUCCUGCUCCUUUUUGCACAGAAUGAUGGAGUUAGGUCAGUGUUAUAAACUGAGAUAUGAAAGCCAGAAUCUAAAUGGCACCUUAAACUUGGGUUAUGGGCACAACAAUGGAAUGUCUAGGUGCAUUUUUUUUUAGAGAUAUCACAUUUUCUUGUGAUUUUCUUCUCCAGAAACCGUUGCACGUGAAUGCUCAGCGUGUGCUUCCAAAUCUCAGUUCUAUAAGUUCUUUAUGCUUUUCUCCCUCAGGCAUGCUAGAUCAAGAAACUACGUACGUGAAUUGGAAUCAUGCAGACUGGAAACCGUGUCUGUGGAUUUUGGAGACUACCAUCCACUCAAACCCAUUACAGUAGGUUUCCUUUGCAACACUUCAACAGUCCUGUGUAGUCAUGUUGGUACAGGAGACCGGGGACAAACUAAUGAACAGACUCUUCUUGGGUCUCAUGCUGAUGCUCUGGAAUGGGCCCAUCUCUAUGUACCUUCUACCACUUGAUGGAAGAAGCCUUGCUUCUUUGAAGAAGCCUUUGGGAAAAGGGGAACUGUGCACCAUUUGUGCAGUUUACACCGAUAUUAGAAUUUUCAGUUUUCUAGUUGUGAGAUGUGGAUUUGAUUCAUACAGCUAGAGCCCCAAUUUACUUCCUUAAUCCUAUGCACAGUUAGACUGUGCCUAGAACUAGUUCAUUUCUUCACCAUUGUAUUCCUAAAUUGGGGUUGGGCAACAUGGUACCCACUAGAGCUUUUGGAUAACAACUCCCGUCUGUCCUUGCCAGCAUGGGGAAAGGUCAGGGAUGAUGGGAAUUGUAGUAGCUAACAUCGGUAGUGCAUCACAUUGACUACCCCUACCUAAAGCAAUGAACUUAGGCAUGCAAAACUCAGUUUAGAGGAUUGCAGCUUCGGCCUGCAAUUCUGUAUGCACAUAUCUGGGUGUAAGUCCUAUUGAACGCAGUGGAACUUGCUUCUGAGUAGACAGUUGUACAGUUGCACAGCCUUGGUGCAAGAUAGCAGUUUACGGCUGCAUUUGUAUGCACACUUAUCUUGGAGUAAGCCUUAUUAAAAUAAGCAAGGCUGAGUAAAUGUGCAAAGAAUAGUUUUGUUAGCAUCUGGCGCUCCUUCUGACUAUUAUUAUGUAUUCCUCAGGUAAUGGAAUCAAAGACAAAGAAAUUAGGCCGCAAAGGAAGCACUUCCUCUACCUCCUCCUCCUCUUCCAGUUCAAUGAUGGAUCCCCUGAGCAGUGUGUUGGACGGCACUGAUCCUUUGUCAUUGUUUGCUGCAACUGCAGAUCCCCUGCUGACUGCAACUACGGUAACAUUCUUGUCGCACUGACUAGAUCCUUGUGAGCCUGCCUGCCUGCAGCUCUGCUCUGUGGCCUGUAAUGGAAUAAUGAUGGAUUGAGGAAGGGCCAUAGCUCAGAGUUAGAGCAUCUGCCUUGGGUACAGAAGGUUCCAGGUUUAAUUUCUGGCGUCUCCAAGCAGGGCUGGGCUGGGGAAAACCCCUGCUUGAAUCCCUGGAGAGUCACCUGCUGGUCAAUGUAGAUGAUGAUGAUGGUGAUAAUUUAUUUAUACCCCACCUAUCUGGCUGGGUUUCCCCAGCCACUCUGAGCUAGAUAAACCAGUGGCCUGACAAAAUAUGAGACACAAUAUGAGCAAUUCCUUUGCUCUGAACCAGGGACUAGGCUUUUUUGGUGGUGGCCCUGAACUUACAGAAUCUAUUUCAUGUUCCUUCAUCAUUGUUUGUUUUAAAAAGGUUUUUGUUCAUUUUUAUGAAACAGUAUGCUUUUUAUUUAAGUUGCAUUUUUUUUAAUGCUCCACUUUAGAUCAGAUUAUACUGUCCACCUUAGUAUACAUGCAUAUUUGUUUAACUGAUAGUGUCUUUUUUAUUUCAUAUUUAGUUGCGCAUAUAUAUAUAUAUAUAUAUAUAUAUAUAUACACAUAUAUAUAUAUAUGUGCAGUACUGCUCCUGAACUAGGUAUCAAGGCGAUGUACAUCACAACAUCAAACGCAUUCAGGAAACAAUUAGAAACAUGCAGAGAAUCACUGAGCAGAAAAAGAAAUUAAGAAUUUAGUAAAUGCUUGAGCGAACAAAAGUAUAUUUAAUUGCCAGCAAAAAAGCAUACUGCUGGGAGAAGGUUGUUUCAUAAUGUGAGCUGGAAAUGUCUGAGAAUGUCCUCAUUCUGCUUGCCAUCUGGUGGCUCAAAGCAGGCCUUGGCCACCACCAAGAGAGGUGCUUUCAAAGCUCUUGGUAGGCAGGAAGGUUCAUCUGGCUGUUUCACUAUUGCACACUGCCUUGUGCCGGUUCUCAUGUCCUGAAAGGUGGCUUAAGAAAUAUUUUGCUAGUAGCAGAUGCACAAAUAAUAGACUAUGUUUCUGGAGGUGUUGCUAGGAUGCGUAUCAUUAGUUAUCCGUGUUCAGGGGUGACAAACCUCAGACCCUGGGUGUCAGGCUGGAGGAAUCCUCUCCCUCCCCACUGAUGGCACCGAGAAUCAGGGAGGAAACAAGAAAGUUCUUAAAAGAAAUCCAAUCAUUCCUCCAUGAUGGAGUUGCUCGCACUGAGCUCCUCCUCUCUUCCCUUCUAACAACACCACAUGCUUCUACAUCUGCCUGUGGCCAACUGUAGUUGUACCCUUUGUUCUUGCACUGUUAACGAAUGUCGCGCUUUGGGAGAAGAGGGUUCGGUUAUGCUGUCCAGUGACAUGUCAGCUAGCUUCUCUGUCUCUUCCUCCUUCUCCUAACACUGCAUAACUCUGUUGUUCUCCUGUCUCUGAGCUGCUAUCUUCCUCAAAGCCCUGCUAUAAUUUGAGACUGCCUUCCUCUUCCCUACAGGCAAAGGUGGGGGGGGGGGAGGGCAAUCUCCACCACUCCUCCUCUUCAGUCCAAUCCCUGACACAGGGCCCAAACGUGGCCCUCUGGGUCUCUCCAUCUGGCCCUUGGAACUCUUCCCUGGCCACACCCACUUACUGGCCCUGCUCCACACCCACUUACUGGCCCUGCUCCACACCCUGAGGGUAUUUGCCUGGCUGGAAUGUGUGUGCUUGAGCUGGGAUAAUGUCUGACACUUGCCUAGAGGACAAAGAGGGCUGUGCAAGUGUGUUUAAGAGCCAGCCUACUGCACAAAGAUAGAAUUUGCUCUGCCCACAUUUGCCUCUGGCCCUGCCCAGCAUGGGUGUGUCUGUAAAGUGAAUGCCACCUUUGCCCUGAAAAAUAUGGGUGAGAUUUAUUAGUAUUUUUAAAUGAUGAAAUAUGCCUUUACAACAACAUACCGGAGGUCAAACGUCUCAUUAUCUGGAGGAUUCUGUGCCUCACUUGUCUCUCCUCUGCAGGAGAGUGCCAGAAAGAAAUGGGAUAAAGAUGAUUCCUCGGCUGUUGGCAGUGACUUUGAGCCUUGGUCGAGCAAACGGGCUGACAUCCUUGCUCGGUACACAACAAAUGAAAAGCUUUCCAUUGUGAGUGAACGUUUGGUUAUUUUUCAAGAGGAAAGGUGGGAUAUAAAUGCAGUAAUAAUAAUAAUAAUAAUAAUAAUAAUAAUAAUAAUAAUAUCAACAAAGUAGGAAAGUAGGUCCAGUCUUUUUGGGUGUGCAAGCACGUACAAUAAAUUUUGUUUUAGCAUAGCAGAUGUUUGUAAUGUUCAUUUUUAAGCCAUUGAGAGAACAGCAUAGCAUCCUUCUAAAUUGUUGUGCAUAUUUAUUCCUAAAGACACUUAAAAAUUAGUGCAUGGGAGGGUAGGAUGGGCAUGGAAAUAGCAGUGUAACCAUGCCUACUCAGAAGGAAGCCCCAUUGGAUUCAGUUGGGCAGUAAGUGGGUUUGGGAUUGCAUCCUAAAGCAGCACGACUGAACUUAGCGUUGUAUCCAGUGAUAGUCAUAUAGAGAGCAGACCCAUUAAAAGGAACAGACAUGACCCAGAGCUCAUCCAUAUUUACCUUUUGACCUGACAAAAGCCUUCAUCCCAUAUGUCUUUUAUCAUGGUUACCAUAAAACCACACUUUUACAUCUGAAACAAUGUGUUGCCUGAGCUUGAGAGUCUCAGGACUGUUCCUCGGGCAGGAUGUUAAACACAAUAUCCCUCUUAUCCCUAAAUAUUUUUUUAAAAAAGUUUAACAUCCUACUCUUAAGAACUCUUAACAAAUUUUAAUUACAACCUAUCAUGGUUCACAUUGUUCUGGCUUUUUGUUAUACCACUACACCUGUCAGCUGUUGGGAAUUAUUGCUUUUGAAAACAAAUGUUUUGUUUCAUUGCAGAACUUGUGUAUGGGAUCUGAAAAAGGUACGUGGUGACUUUAAUAUGUAGCACUGUGGAAGGGGGAAAAAUGUUUUAAACAUGUCACAGAAUUGUUUUCUAUUUUCCUACUUGCUUAUAGGAAUAUUGAAAUUGCCACAUAAAUAUUCCACAGCACAAGGUUACGAGAAAAGCUGGAAAUUAGGUGCAAAAUAUCUCAAUAAUCUAACUGUGAAACAUGAAGUUUCAGUAGCCAUCGUCCUGUUUAAAGACGGGUUAAUUUAGGUUAGUGUUGCUCCAAUUGGUGGUCUGUGGACUGGUACCAGUCCACGAGCAAUCAGCUGCAGGACCCUAGCAACUCCACCACAGUCCAGGUUGGGUAGGAUCCCUUAGGGACCAAGCAUGGUAUGGUCCCUGGUAUUUUGGGGCAGAAAAUUGCCAGCCCAUCACAUCAGAUAGCUUGAGAAGCACUGAUUUAGGCAUUAUGUAGUGGCGCUGUGGGUUAAACCACAGAGCCUAGGACUUGCUGAUCAGAAUGUUGGUGGUUCAAAUCCCCGUGACGGGGUGAGCUCCCGUUGCUCGGUCCCUGCUCCUGCCAACCUAGCAGUUCGAAAGAACGUCAAAGUGCAAGUAGAUAAAUAGGUACCGCUCCGGUGGGAAGGUAAACGGUGUUUCCGUGCGCUGCUCUGGUUCGCCAGAAGCGGCUUAGUCAUGCUGGCCACAUGACCCGGAAGCUGUACGCCGGCUCCCUCGGCCAAUAAAGUGAGAUGAGCGCCGCAACCCCAGAGUCGGUCACGACUGGACCUAAUGGUCAGGGGUCCCUUUACCUUUACCUGUUAGUUACAGGUAGCGACUGAUUUGCAAGGGGGUUAUGUUCCAGAGCCCCACGUGUGUCGGCGGGGCCUGUGCAAGGCCGCCUCAUUCUUCCUUGUUCUUUUCCCACUCCGCCCUGUUCUACCUGUUUUUGCAACCUUUUGGUUCACAUCUGUGGUUGGCUCUUUUCAGAAUCGCACACAUACAGGAUGCAACUAAAACUGUCACUGCCUGUACAUCAGCCCCAAAUUAGCUGCGAAUCCCUCCUUCCCAAAUUUAUUCAGUGGCUUGUUUGGAAAUGGUUUCGUAGGGUCAUAGGCUUGUAGAGUUGGAAGGGAUCACAAAGGUCAUCUAGUCCAAACCCCCUGCAGUGAAGGAGUCUCUUGUGCAACGUGGGGCUCCAACCCACGACCCUGAGAUUAAGAGUCUCAUGCUUUGCCGACUGAGCUCUGUUGCAGUUUAAAGCAUUCCAGUAUGUGAUUCCCUUCAGGAAAAGCAACAACUCCUGGAUCAGCAGUUUCUGAGAAGGUGCGGACAAGGCUGGAAGAGCUGGAUGAUCUCGAAGAGGUGAGCGAGCGCUUUCAUUUCCCUACAUUUAUACCCCACUACCCUGCUUUUUAAAUAAAAUAUUCAGGGUAGCUCGCAAGACGGAACAAAAUAGACUAAUGAGAAAAAAACAGCAAUAAAGCCAGCAGCAGUUUUCAGACUGGAAAAAAACAAGGGCAAAAUACAUGAAAGGAUGGUAAUCUAAAAAUUGGUUGCUGAGAUAAUAAUAAUAAUAAUAAUAAUAAUAAUAAUAAUUUAUUAUUUAUACCCUGCGGCUUCCAAGAGAACAUUAAAAUAUAAUAACCAAUUAAACAUUAAAAGCUUCCCUAAACAGGGCUGCCUUCAGAUGUCUUCUAAAGUCUGGUAGUUGUUUUUCUUUUUGACAUCUGGUGGGAGGGUGUUCCACAGGGCCGGUGCCUCUACCGAGAAGGCCCUCUGCCUGGUUCCCUGUAACUUAGCCUCUUGCAGCGAGGGAGCCGCCAGAAGGCCCUCGGCACUGGACCUCAGAACGAUGGGGGUGGAGACGCUCCUUCAGGUAUACCGGACCGAGGCUGUUUAGGGCUUUAAAGGUCAGCACCAACACUUUGAAUUGUGCUCGGAAACGUACUGGGAGCCAGUGUAGGUCUUUCAAGAACGGUGUUAUAUGGUCUCAGCAGCCACUCCCAGUCACCAGUCUAGCUGCUGUAUUCUGAAUUAGUUGUAGUUUCCGGGUCACCUUCAAAGGUAGCCCCACAUAGAGUACUUUGCAGUAGUCCAAGCAAGAGAUAACUAAAGCAUGCAGUAUUCUGGAGAGACAGUCUGCGGGCAGGUAGGGUCUCAGCCUGCAUACCAGAUGGAGCCCUGGACACAGAAUUGACCUGCGACUCAUGGACAUGUUUUGAGACUACAAUUUCCAUCAUCCCUGACCACUGUUCCUGUUAGCUAGGGAUGAUUGGAGUUGUAGUCCCAAAACAUCUGGAGGGUCGAGUUUGUCUAUGCCUGCUUUAAGACCCCUCCUCCGAAGCCCUUUGAUUCUGUUGGUUCAUUUUAUUUCCAGGUCACAUUUCAUGAUUUUAACAAUAUUUAUUCAAAACAAGAGCGGCAGCAGAGCCCUCCGGUGGCCCAGUGCUUGAUUUCUAGUUUUUUAAAAGAAAGAAAGCAAGCGUAAUAACAUCAGUCUUCCCACACCAAAGUACACUGGCUUCCUGAGAAGCACAGCAUUUGAUGCAUUGAUCCUGCAAUUUGUAGCGAUAUAAAUAUCAAGAGAUUCUGCCGGAGGGUAAAUCAUGCAACCCGGUGGUGCUCUUUGACUGUAGAGGAUGCUGCUGGCCUGCUUCAAAGGAGAGCCAAACGCAUCCAGCUGCCCUUGAAUUUCAAUGAUAGUUUUGUUAUGUAAUCUACCACUUGGCAGCUCUGCAGAAGCCAAAGGGAGAGGAGGAAGCUCUUGGAAAAAAAGAAGCUUUCCUUGUUUUUCAUACUUUAUAAAUUCACUUGUUUUGCACACUGCUUCCUUCUUCUUUUUUCAGGGGUCACAAAAGGAGCUGUUAAACUUGACUCAGCAAGAUUAUACAAACCGGAUCGAAGAACUCAAUCAAUCUUUGAAGGACGCUUGGGCCUCGGAUCAAAAAGUGAAAGCUCUAAAGAUAGUCAUACAGGUUAGCAUUACAUGUCGAGCGUGUUCUGCACAUCAUAAUGAUUGGGGUUAAAGCAUAGCGAAAAUUGCGUGUUAAAGGUGCUGUUAAUUCUGUUGGGCUCCAAAAGGACGCCUGGGAGCAGCGCUGACCCUUAGCCCUUGAUCAAGAUGCCCCUCUCUCUGAGCCAGACCCACCUCUUUCUUGAUGGUGUUACCCUGGGGUGGACCUUGGUAAUAUGGCUUUGGGAAGGAGGUGCGAGGCUCUGGCAGGGUCCUUGAGCCCUCCUCCUUCCUUCCCAAAGUCUAGAAAGUGCUUGCCCAGCUUUGGGAAGGAAGUAGGAAGGCUCUAGGACCCUGUCAAAGCCCCCACAAGCAGCCACAGGAAGGAGCAGCAGCAGGGGCAGGCGCUGGGUGCCCUGCUGGUGAAUGAGCCUCAGCAGAUGCACAAGGAUGCUAAUUUGUGAUGCCAGCCUCUGGGUGGCUACCAGCUGACCUGCCAGUCUCCCUUCCUCCCGUCUGCUGGUUGUUUGCCUCUUUUACUCUCCCCUCCUCUGCCUAUGGCACCUUCUAGGGCAGGAGGCAGAGUGGAAUUGAAAGGGCCUCUUAAGCUACACAGAAGUGGGCAGGAGAAGGAAUGCUUGGAAAGGCAGUCGUUGCAAUUUUUGUUUAAUUCUUCAUCCCUGGUUGUUGCAGCGGGAGGGUGGUCUGAGGAGGAUCUUUGGGUGUGCUUGCUUUUAGUUCCAUGGGGGUGCAGAGGUGGCCAACAGUUGUGAAAACCUGGAGGGGCCUGGUCCCCCUGUUUUAAUUAUGAUUGCUUAUCCUUUAGGGAGGAAUGACAUCUGGUAGAUCUAUAUAUCUGGAGUAUAUUAUGGAAGAAUUGUAGCUCGGGGCAGAGCACCUGCUGUGAAUGCAGAUGGUCCCAGUUUUAAUCCCUGGCAUCUCUAGGGCUAGGGGUGUCCCCUGUCUGAAACCUGCUCCCAGUCGGUGUUGACAGCACUGAUCUAGAUGGACCAGGGAUGCGGGUGGCGCUGUGGUCUAAAACACUGAGCCUCUUGGGCUUGCCGAUCAGAAGGUUGGCAGUUUGGAUCCCUGCAACGAGGUGAGCUCCCGUUGCUCUAUUGCAGCUCCUGCCAACCUAGCAGUUUGAAAACAUGCCAGUGCAGGUAGAUAAAUAUGUACUGCUGCGGUGGGAAGGUAAACGGCGUUUCUGUGUGCUCUGGUUUCCGUCACAGUGUUCCGUUGCACCAGAAGCGGUUUGGUCAUGUUGGCCACAUUACCCAGAAAGCUGUAUUUGGACAAACGCCGGCUCCCUCGGCCUGAAAGCAAGAUGAGCACCGCAACCCCAUAGUUGCCUUUGACUGGACUUAACCAUCCAGGGGUUCUUUACCUUUACCUUACCUAGAGGGACUAGUGCUCUAGCUGUAUAAAGGCAGCUUCCAAUGUUCAUAGGUAAGACAAGCAGUACCAGUAACAGGGCCUUUUUAGUAGUAACGCCAACUUGUACAGCUAGCUCCCUGAAGCCUCCUAAGCCCACUCCUUUCGUGCUUUAAGAGAGUUAGUAAAACACUAUGUUUUGGGCAACGUUUUGCUGUUUGAUUUUCAGAAUGAUCAUUGGAAGCAGCCUUAGACUACUAGAUCAUAUAUUUCCCCCAUCUAGCUCAGUAGAGUCUACUCUGACUGGCAGUGCCUCUUUUAGAGCUAAAGUAUAGGCCUUUCCAGGGAUUGAACCUGGUAACUUCUGCAUACAAAACCAUGUAUCGCUGUGCUGUAGCCUCUCCCUUAGUCAUAUGCUGUUUUGAAUCCCUUUUUUGGCACUUCAAAAUAAUUUCCUACUGUAGAUAUUUUCUUUACUACGUGAACUUAGUCAUUUCUUCUUUCUCUUUUCCCUCCUUAGUGUUCUAAACUUCUUUCAGACACAACGGUGAUUCAGUUUUAUCCAAGCAAAUUCGUCUUAAUAACAGACAUACUUGACACAUUUGGUAAGUGCAGACAUCUCAAACGUCUCUCCUUUUUCAGAUUGAAAUUUGUAAGUGCAAACUUGGAAGACAACAAAAAUCUUGCACUGGUUUGUGGCUCCUGGAAGGUAGCCUAUGAAAUAAUUCGGCCCUUCUGCUGCAUCGAAGCUUCAAGGACCUGUCUUGUUUGUGGCAUCAUCUUCUUUGAAAUGCAUUUUGUGGUGGGUUUUCCUGCCCCUCCCCAAUGAACACUGGACGUUUCCCUUUCAAAGGUCUUGACCGACUGAAACUUGCUCACCUCCGUGAAAUGUCUUUGUUCAGUUAGAUAAAAGAGAGUACCAGAUGUUCUUUCCUGGACUCAACAAACGUGACCUGAGCAACACGAUCUGCCUUGGAACCUCUCAUCAUAGUUUUUGUGGAUCCAAGCCAAAAGUAGUGUUAGCACAACAUCUACAGAUGUCUUGAGCCUAUUUUCUGUACUGCCUGGCUGCAGCCUUGGGUACCUGACACCGAUCAUACCCUGAUAUGGAAGCAGAGCUGUUCAUGUGCCACUUCACCCGUCACAAGAAUGCCAUCCGUGGCAACUGAGGCUGAGCUGUGCUUAACACCAUUGAAUCUGAGCUGACUUGGAGUUCAGACUGCAAUUGGGCCUCCGCCAAGUUCCUUUACUUAGCAGAGUUUACCUUCCCCUUUUUACAUGCACAGCAGAUAGCUGGUUGCAGGCUUGUGUAAGCCUCUCACUAUUUAUACAAUUCAAUCUGUCUUCAGGUUGAAUUGUACGUUCCUGGUAAGUUCCCUUCAAUCCCUCUUAAAAUAAUAAAGAUGCCAUAAUCUUAUUCAAAGUCAAUAAAAGAAGUUUACUUACAUCGGUUCACAGUUGGAUCCCUGAAGGCAGACAGUUACAAAUAUGUACAUGUUUCCCCCCAUAUGGGGGAAUAAUUCCAGUGCUUCUGCUACAUGAGAGCUAGCAGAGCAGUCCUAGCUAAAAGCUGGUCAGACAAAGAAGGAAGUGAAAAAGAGAGAGGUGUACUGCGUGACUCGUCCUUUUGUUACCUGGGCAGGUUAGAUCACACACACCUUCUAUCACAUGCAAAGAAAGGAUGCUCCAACCAGGAGGAACAGGAAGUUUUGACUGGCGGAACCAAACAUUCCCUCACAUGUCUUCUCUAGCAUUACAAGGAAUGUUGUACUUGACUGCUCCCAGUGGAUUACACCCCACAUUUGUCUACAGGAAUACACUGGGAUUGUAGCUCAGGGACAGAACACUUGCCUUGCAUGCAGAAUUUCUCCGCUUCAGUCCCUAGCAUCUCCCGGAAGGGCUGGGAGAGAGCCCUGCCUUCUCUGAGUUUAUCUCCAUUCUGGGUGACAUUGUGGAUCUACAACAGGGGUGGGGGAACCUCCAGUUUUGUAAACAGCUUAGAGGUUUUCCUACAGUCAGUUUUGCUAAACAUACAGAGAAAAAUAAAUGUUCCUUUCUAUGUUGCGUUCAGUGAAAAUGGGUGGCAAAUCAUUUCUUUGAAGUGGUGUUUUAAGUGCAAAAGGAAGUACUAAAGUUGCCUACUUGGCUCCACUAGAUGACAGUAUAAUGUAACAGGAAACAGUUGCAUUUGGCAAGUUGAAAACUAGAGCUGUGUGCAAACGGCCCCUCAAAAUUCUCCACCCAAAUUUUGCUUUUAACGUGAUUUGCAAUCUGGAUUUAGAAUAGAAGUCUUGUUGAAGACUAGAUGUAUUCUCUCUAGCCCGUAAAUCUCAACCCAUUAUCUUACUGUUUAUGUUCAUUACAUUUGUAUCUUAAAAUGCAUAAGAAUGAAUAGCUUUUUUUAAAAUCCUUGCAGGAAAGCUGGUGUAUGAAAGAAUCUUCUCCAUGUGCACAGAUAAUCGCAGCUCCUUACCAGGUAACACUAUUGCUGUGCUACUUACUUGCAGAUUUAGUGUUGUGCCCAGCUAAAUUUUACUCAGAGUAGAGUAGACCCAUUGGAAUUGGUCAUAUCCACUAAUUCAGGUGGGUUUACGUUGAAUAAAACAUAACUGGCUACAACCCUUAGGUUAUAAUCACAGGCAUAUUUGUUACAGUUGAACCCCGUGAAAUUUAUAUUUUAUUGUGGUUUUAUAUUUGUUGCAGACCGCUUAGAUGUUUUCUGUAUGAGUUAGCAAUAUAUACAUACUUUUUAAAAAAUAAACUAAACAUACAGACUUUGGGCUCAGACUUUUAAAAUCAGUAUUGUUGAAAAUUACACAAUAUGAACACGUCUAUCUAUUAUGGAUUACUGCAAUGUGUUGUUUGUGGGGCUGCCCUGGAAGACUGUUUAGCAACUGCAGCUGAUGCAGAAUUCGACAAAAGCCGAAUGUUGAGCAGAGCCAGAUGGUCUGAAUUCUGGCCCAAUAGUGCUUGCUGGCAUUUAAUUUUCUGAACCCAAUUGAAAGUGAUGGUUUUAACCUUAUAAAGCCACAGUUUGGGACCCUGUUACCUUGGAGAAUGCAUUUUCCCAUUAUUUGCCAACCAAAAUAACCAGAGGCCCUUCACUGCGUUUCCUCACUGGCAGAAUGCGGCAACAACGGAACAUGUCUUUUCAGUACUGGCCCCGUCUGUGGAAUUCUUUCUCCAGCGUGCCUUGCCUGGCACUGACAGUGACACCUUUUUGGUGCCAGGUUGAAGCCAUUUUGCCCAGACAUGUGAAUGUUAGCUCCUCCUGCAGCAGCUGAUAUUUUAUCUGAGUAAUCCUUUGGUGAUCAUGCUUAAAGCUGAGGGGAAGAAGUGAAUUGGCUUCUAGGGUCUGCUUACUUUCAGUGUAACUUAUACUGGUUUUGUUUGUUUUUAUUCUGUACUGGUGUGUGCGUGCAGGAGGUUGUCUGUGCAUGAGAGGUGUGUUUCAUAGAAUUGUAGAGUCGAAAGGGACCCUGAGGGCCAUCUAGUCUAACCCCCUGCAAAGCACAUUUGCACACAUGUAUGCUUGUACAAGUAGUGGAUGUCUCUGAUCUCCUAUGGUACGUGUGUGUCUUGAGAGAAGGGCCAUAUCUAGGUGGUAGAUCAAAUACUUUGUCCCAGAUUCAAUCCCUUCCUGGUACGGCUGAAAAAGACUCCCGUGUGAGACCUUCAAGAGAUGGACCAGUGGAACGAUUUGCUAUAAUGCAGCUGCCUUUUCUUUCUUUUAGAUGCAUGUAAGAGUGUGUGUGUGUGUGUACAGACACACACACACACACACACACACACAGAGGCACAAGAUGCAAUCCGUGUUCCUGUUUCAUUUGGUAUGCUCCCUUUUUUUGAGGCUAGAUCGUCCUCCACCCAAAGCCUGUAUAAAAAGGACGACCAAACAGUAAGAAUAAUAAAAACACAGGAGCCUUGAAAUCCUUACAGCAAUCACACUGGCAUGAGAGACUCUGGCGCAGUGUGUGUAAACAGGCGCAAUUUCCUGUGCGGAGCCUCUGUGCCUUGAGCAGCUGUGGGCAAAGCAAGAACAUGCUCAUUGGUAUUUUGUUCUCAUUCUUUCCAUUCCAAUAAAAGGAAAAAACUUCUGAUUUAGCACCGGAGCCCCCCUGCCUUCAGGAAACCGAGGCUGCAGCUGAAGACUGUGCUUACCCAGAUGUACCUAAGCAGGGAAGGGAGAGGGGAUCAUUGCAGAGGUUUCGAAAGGACACACUUUGUCUCUGAUAAUGAAACCAGUGUUUUAUGGCCGUGCCAGUGAGGCUAGCCUGGCUUUGAAAUCAGUGCAAUAUAAUAUGUUGUUAUAUUUUGUGGAUAAGGUUGAUUUUGGUACGUGUGUGCCAUUUUCUGUACCUCUUUUGCAAGAAGCCGGUUUUAAAUCUUGUUUUUACAUCCCUAAUCCAGGUCUGUUUCUUGCGCCGUCUCUCCCAACAGCUGCUGCUCACUGUCUUGUCCUUAACCGCCUUGGCAGUUAGGGCAUGCUUGAACUUAAGGACUCCGGGUCCCCAUCGUGCUUCGUUACGUAAAAGUCCUCAAGCGCUUAGGGGUGGGCUGUUGCCAAAUGGGAGAGAAUUGCAGUCUCUCUCUCUCUCUCCCCCACCCCCUUGAGUUUCUGCACAGGCUCGGCGUUUUUGAGGAGAGAACAGCACAGCAGCAGAAUAAUAAGCGGCAGUCCCUGCUCCAGUUCAGUUGAACGGGAACUUCUGCCGCUUCUGCUUUGUUCUGUGGCGGAAAGGUGCUCGGAAGGCAGCGAUCCCCCACUGCCCCAUAUCAAAUCACUUUGACCCACUUUGCUUCCAUUGGAUGAGGCCCGAUUUGCUCAUUUGUUAGCACAAGGUGUGUCAGCAAAAGCACCUUCUCGAAAGAAGCUCCUCCAUCCCAGGCACCUGAUGGCCCCAAAAUGGGUCAACCAGAAUGUGAAAAGACUGGCGGUGUGUCUUGCUGUUGCAUAGGGAGCUGGCUUUAUGCAAGGCCAAGCUGUUUACCCCUCUCUCCCAGUACUGUCCUUUUGGAUUGGCAGUGGCUGUCCAGAUCUUCACGUGGUUCUUCCCCUGCUCCCAUCUCUGCUACGUGUUUUGUUGUUUCUUGCCUGGGAGGGAAGCCGGUAUAGAACUUUAAUAAAGUAUCGUAACUGGGAGACGCCAGGAAUCAAAUCUGGGACUUUCCCCAUGCAAAAUGUGCGCUGAUCUUUACCAUUGGUCAGGCCAUUGGUCCAUCUUGCUCAGUAUUGACUAUGCCAACUUGGCAAUGAAUCGUAGAAUUGUAGAGUUGGAAGGGACCCCGGGGGGGGGGUGUCAUCCAGUCCAACCCCCUGCAAUGCAGGAAGCUCAACACGCAGUUGCCCAUCCAAUUUGAAACCAUAGUGGCUCCAGGGUUGCAGGCUGGGGUCUCUCCCAGCCCAGCUGGAGGGGUUGUGAACGGAACAUGGCACUUCUUUCAUUCUAAGCAGGCACUUCACCGCAGUCCGUCCACUAAGCAUACUGGCUGUGGUAGGAUUUGGACCCAUGCUGCCGAAGAGACUGGAGCCAGAAUCCAGCACCUUAGACUGCUUGAGCACACUACCAAGAUAAAAUAUAUCUUGGUAGCUGUGGUAUUUGAAAUGCCUGGAGCCUAAAUCCAGCUCCAUAGACAACUUGAGCACAGCUGCUGCUCAAUUUACUCUCAGUGGUGGAAUUCAAACCCAUGCCUUUGACGAAGCUGCAGCCUUUAUCUGUGCUUAAGACUAUGGAACUUCCUUCCACAAUAUGUGGUGAUAUUCAUCAACUUAGGGAGCUUGUCCUGCUUUUGGGCUUACCAGAGACUUCUUGCUGAGCACUUUGAGAAGCAGGAUGGUGAAUUAGAUGAAAGGCCUUUGGCUUGAGCCUUCCUAUAUUCUUAGUGAUGGUAUCUUUGCAAUUUCCUGAACUAAUAACUGAUGUUCCUAAUAGUGGAUCCCAGUCUGAAUAGUUAACGAAAUAUUGCUUUUGAAAUAGCAUAAGGGGCCGUUUUAUCCUUAAAACAACAUUGCAAGGCAGGCUAGGCCAAGAGAGAGAAGAAUAAAGAAUUGUCCCAAGGUCUCCCAGUGAGUUUCUGGUGAAGCGGUGAUUUUAACCUCGGUCUUCCCAGUCUAAGGCUUCAAUCUUAACACCUAGAUCAGAGCAGCAGGACUGAGUAGAGUAGUGGAGCUCCUGCUCUGUCCACAUUGCUGCUGCUGAAGCGGGGGCGACAGCACAGUAGCAUUGGAAGUGCCGCAGCAGAGAUCAUUCCAUGUGUAAGCUAAGAGUUAACUCUGCUAGCGUUCAAGUAAGUUAACUGAGAAGGGAGAAAUGGCUGGAGGUGUUGCUUAGCAACCGGGUACAGCAGCAUGAUGCCUGCUGAGGUAGCAUGUGCUGUGAUGGGUUCUUUCCCACUGUAUCUUUAAUUUUAUAUAUCUAUCCCUGCUAUGUACAAGGCCUGAUGUAAGAAAGACAAAACCUCUCUAUUUCUUUCUCAUAUUAUACACUGUUUUUGUCCCACAGGAUUUCUUUUCUCUCUGGGCUCCGUCUAUGUUGUUGAAGUGACAUUGCUAACAAGCAGAACGACUGGUUUUCAUGGUACAGCAGAGAGGCCUAGAUUGUGCCUAAGUAUCCCCUCCUAUCCCAGCCACCCCCCCCCAAAAAAAAACCCGUUACAGGGAUUUAUGUGGCUGCUGUUGGCAGGGAUACCACUGGCAGUAACUUCUGCCCAUGCAUUUUGUGGAUACGAUGGGAACCUUCACAGUAGCCGAGAGAAAACGUCACAGUAUCUUAUCCCCCUGCAACGUGGCAGAUCAAGGAUUAGGAUUGAUCUGCACAGUAACCGGUGCUCUAGUUUUACUCUGUUUUCACUUGGUUCUGAUUGGCUGCUUUAUUAUUUUGUUUUCUUCCCACUCCGAGAAUUUUUAGGAUUGUAUAAAAAUAGGUAAAUAUAUCUGUAGGAUACAAAUAAUGUCCGGCACUGAGAACCCCACACUUGAAAUUCUUACUAUACUGCGAGAGAGCCCUGUCUGGCAUAUAAAGUCCUAAUUCCCCAAGUUCAGCAAGGCAAAAAUUUAAGCAGACAGCAAAUUCUAAAUAUUGACUGUUACGUAACUGUUCCUUCUGCAGUGUCAUAUUGGUUUUAUCUUGGAUUCGUGGGCAGCAAAGUAAGGCUCGGAGCAGUUAAGUCUCUGCAAAUUUUUGUACGCUGAUGACCUAACAUGCUUCAGGCCCGUAAUGCCUGUUAGCUUUCAAGGCCCACUUUCCCCCCGCCUGCAUUUUUAAACAAUCUCUGUGGAGAAAAUGUGAAUAAACAUUGUGAAUGCAGCAAAGGCAGGAAUGGUUGUUGCCCCAGUUAUAAUGUAAUCCCAUGCAUGCUUGCUCAGAGUUAAAUUCCAUCUUAUUCAGGGGCCUUUAUUCCCAGGUAGGUAACUAGGGACAUGACAUACCGUACUUGUUCUUUGUAUAUCACUAUGUACGUCAGGACUGGGGAACCUUUUGGGGGCCAAGGGCCGCAUGCCUUAUUGGGGGCCGCAUGCCAGGGGUUGGCAGGGUCAGAGGCAGUAGUGGGUGGAUCAGCAAAUACAAAUGUCACCUAUUGUACCAUGGACUAGAUCCUAAACACCCACCCACCCACACACACACCUCUUGUUUUUAAAGGACAUAUAGGGCAUGGGAGACCUGGGCUCAUUCAUCCACAAAGCUCACUGGGUGACUUUAGACCAGUCGCUAUCUUUUUUUGCAGAAUUAUUUUCCAUAAAGGACAGCAGAGGAGUAUUUCCGGCCCAGUAUGCGACAGUUUUGAAAUAUAAUAAUGAACAAUUCAAACGUCUGAGGAAUUAUCAUCUUGUGUUUAUGAUGCUUUGUUGGUGUUGUUGGUGGUACACGUAAAUAAAUGUUGUUCUCAGUAAAUUAAAAAAGAAGUUGAACCCCUAGUUCAGCUGAAGAGAAUUUUGAAUCAGCUGAUUGGUGCUGGAAGCUGAUCACAGGGAGCCCUUUCGAAGUCUGUUUGCAAGAGGAAAAUGCUCUGUUUGCAGGAGGUGACUUGGAUUCUAAUGACUUCUUUCAAAACGGAGCUUGGUUGGAGAUUAAAGCAAGCCGCUUUAAAAGCACACUCCCAGCACCAGUGGGGCUCUCCAUCAGUGGCAAACGCCUGGAUGUUCCUUUGUAGCCACAUCUGCACAUGUGACGUCAGGUGUGUGGCAGGUGGCUGUUGUUUGUGGGGAGAGGCCUGGUGGGUCAAUUUGGGAUCUGUACCAGGUCUAAUGCAGCUCAUCGACUACAGAGGUUCUCCACUACUGCCCAACUCUACGUGGCAGACAGUUGUCCAGAUGACCUGAAAUAACCGUAUUCGAUUGGACUGUUGGUUGUUGCCUUCAUAGCCUGCUUUUGGCCCUUAGAGGCAAAAAAUAGGCCUUCCCUCGGUUCCAGCAGGGCUCUUCUUGUGUGUGAUUUUUCUAAUCAGUACUCUUGAGUGCCAUUCCCCCCGCUCCCGAACUAUGCGAAUUAAAUCACUGCUAAUUUUAUUCAGAAACGUAAUAAGGAAGCAGGUUCUUAGUUUUUAAUCUUCCUUUUGUCUUGUUUUAUCAGAUAAUUUUACUCCUGAAAGUGUGGUUGAUACUGCCAAAGAAACCUGUUUAAACUGGUUCUUCAAGAUUGCUUCCAUUCGAGAGCUCAUUCCCAGAUUGUAUCCUUUUCCGAAGGAGACUUUAAGAUGAUGAAAACGUUAUCUGGUUUAUGCUUGAAUUUCUUUAAAAAAUAAAUCAUUGUGUUGCCUUAGGUUUCUCCACAUGGAGAAAAAGAAAAGGAGUAUCAAAAGACCCCUUGUAGGUAUUGUCCAGGGUGCCAGCAGAGUUCACAGUUGAGGGUUGAAAUGGAGACUAGAUUUUGCCUAUGGCUAAGGCUUACUUUUUUAAAAUAUGUGGUGGUUAUCUUUUCAACAAGAAAGCAAGUUUAAAAUUUACGUGUCACAUAUAACUUACAUAAGAAAUAGCGAGCUCUUUAUCCCACGAGAAUGAUAUGAUUAUUAUCGGUGACUUUCUUAAGCCGUUGUGUGCGAUUUUUACUCUUUAUUUUGAAGUAAAAGUAAGUCGAAAAGGCUGAGCCAACUUAAAUUCUACUCAAACUAGAUCCAAUGAAAUUAGCAGAGCUGGGGGAAUCAUGCCUAUUCAUUUCAGCAGGUCUACUCUCGAGUAGGAAUGGCAUUGGGUACGGCCCCGGGAGCUGAUUUGAAGUAGUGGUUAGAGAGUUGGGCUAAGCUGAGGAGACCUAGCUUCAAAUCCCUCCUCAGCCACAAAGCUCACAGAGUGACCGGCCCAAGGUCACCCUCUCUCAGCCAUGGCAGUGGCACAUGUCCUCUGCAGACCUCCAUACCCAGAAUGCACUGGUCUGAGAAGGGUCUUCUUGGGUGCAGAGGAGGCAAGUGUAGGAGGCGAUGGUUUCAGUGGGUGGUGGAGAAACCAUCAGCACUGCAACUGCUAAUGUAGCAGGCAAAAAAAGAUGAGGAGGGAUGGGUAUAUUGGGGUGAAGAAAAGGAUGGGGGGUGGGCUAUGGGAGGAAGGGAAAGAAUGGGGUUGGGCAGUGGCAGAGCUGCCACCCAUCUCAAGUGGUGCAAUUCCCUUUCUGAUUCUAGCUCGCUGUAAGUGUCCCUGGGGUCCUUUACCUGUCUCCUUAACCCAGCCCCCAGGUAAGCUGAAUCAGAUGGGUCUCUAGAUGCUCUGUCCGCACUACUGGGACUAGAUCCGCUCUAAAAUAUCCCCAAGUCAAUAGCUGACUUCACAGAACCGUAAGACACUUUAUUGUGAGGGAAGGUCUCAGACUGGGGUAUGGCAUUAACAGCUUCCAGCCUCUGCCUAGCUGACUCCCCCAAGAGGGGCUGGUGGCACGUUGGGUUAGUGCAUCUGGCUGUUAACCAGAAGGUUGGUGGCUCGAGCCCACCCAGGGAUGGCUGUGGCAUAGUUGUCAACUUACAGAUUUGAAAAUAAGGGACCAACAGCCUCGAAAAUAAGGGAUCAGCAGCCAAAAUAAGGGAUUUUCCGGGCACAGGUAUGUUCAACUUCUGAGCCCCUCCGAGCCAAAGGCAGAAAGCCCAGCCAGCAGCCAAACGAAUCCUCAAGCGGUGGUUCCCACAGCGCAGCAACCUGGCAAAGGGGAUGCAGCAAGGAAAACCACCGUCACCUCUCCGCUGGGAAACGCUGAGCAAAGGCGAGUCCCCAGGCAACGUGGCCGAUUUGAUCGGCACAAGGCAUGCAAACUCCACCCCCCAGUCGUUCUUAGACUCCUUAUUGGGUGAGCAACACAGCCAAGCAACACAGUUGGAGCCUCCCUCCUCCCUGGCCGGCAGGGAGGGAGGGAGAGGAGCUGCUUCCUUUGAAACCCUGGAAAUUUAAGGGACAUCAUCAAUAAGGGACAGCAGCGGGACACAGCGCUGGGAUAAGGGAGUUUCCCACCAAAUAAGGGACGGUUGACAGCUAUGGGCUGUGGGCAGGAUUCCUACACUGCAGGGGGGUUGGAUUAAAUGGCCCUUGGGGAAACCUUCCAACAGUACAAUUCUGUGAUUCUGUGACCAGCAUAUGGCAUUGUAGUCCGGCUGAGAGAACCAAGGUAGCAAUAUCAGUGAGACAGGUAUAGGUUCAGAAUUCCCUUGGCUCAUAAUACUGCAAAAAAAUGUAAGUUUAUUAAUCAAAGAGAAGGAGUAUAGGUCUGCAGUCAAUGAAAGAAACAUCAGGUGUUAGUUGUACUGUAGCUCCUAAGACAUUAUUUCCCUAGAUAAUAGAUAAUGUGUCACCUGAACCUGUGGCCAAAUUUAACGAUGAUUGAUUGAAACAAGCUAACUUCAAACCAUAGUUUUAAGAAGCUGAUUUGUCGAAGCAAGCUAUAAUUAAGACGAAUCACUGUUAUAGUUCAGAGGCAACGCAACACUAAACUGAAGUUCAUAAAAAGUGAAAGCAGAAUCUUUGUUCUUCUCUGUCCAUCACAGUAGAGGAGGAAAGGGGAGUUCAAAGCUCUUUGAAGUUUGCCUAUGUUAUGUUAAACCAUGGUUUAGUUUUACACAGGGUCUCUGUGCCUUGGAUAAUCCCAAUGACUUUACUGUUUUGAACUUUCCCCCCUUGACACUUUAUUCCAGUUAUGUGGAAGCAGCAAUACUGAAGUGCAACAAAUUUCUUUCCAAAACGUAAGGCUAAUAAUAUUUGGUGAAUAUUUGAUAAAUGUAGGGGGGGUAUGGAAAUUAAUUAUACCCAGAGAUUUUUCUAGCUUCUACCAAUGACUUGAUUGAAUACUGGUGGUGUCUUUUGAAUUAAAAGUAGAAAAAAGAUUCCUGGGAUAUGUUGGAUGUUGGCCUUGGGCAUGUCUGGGGGGAUUUCUGACUCUGUCUCCCCCUCCCUGCCCUUUCAACACAGGAUGCCCAAGCCAUAACACAAGCUGCUGUUCUAAGCUAUCUCCAUUUCAAAAACGGUUUGCCAAUCAUAAAAACCCCCUACUUUCUCAAAUCUUCUUUACAGAGGAAUUUCUGAAUGUCUCCCACGGCUGACCUCCAUGAUCCGAGGAAUAGGAGAUCCUUUGGUUGCUGUCUAUGCUAGGGCGUAUCUCUGCAGAGUAAGAUUUUCUUCUUUAAAAUGCAGUUUUGUUGGUUCCGUGAAACGUUGAUUCGACUAGUUGGUGUCAUUUGUUUGCUUUAGUUCUUAAAAUAUUUAUAAACCGCCCUCAUAAGGUAGCAUGCAAAAUAACUGAACAAUUAAGUAUGACACUAUGCAAACAAUUAUAAUGUUUAAAGUGCACAUCAUAUCCCUUAAAUUGAGCAUUAAAAUUUCAUUAAGUUACAAUAAUUAAGAAAAAGCAGGUUUGAAAUAAAAAGGUAUUGUGAGUCCUUUUGAAAGAUGGGACCAUUCAUUCUUCCUGGGGGAGAAUAGUCCAUUGAUAUGGGGUCACCACUGAAAAGGACCUGUCCAUAAUACCAAUUGACCUAGUAUCUCUUAUUGACAGACUAGAGAGGACCUUGGAGAGUUGAUCUUAGAUAAUCUGGCAGACUCAGCAGAAUGCCUCCAGACCAAUCAGUUUUGUUGCAGUUUUCUGUAGACUAGGAAAUAGCCAACUUCCUAUUUCUAGGAAAUAUUACACUGGCUAUAUAUUGCAUUCUUCCGCUUUCUUACAGUGCACUCACCUUGCACCAUAUGAUUACUUCCUUGUCUGAAUACUCAUCUAAUUUUCCUUGUGUGCCAUUUUUAAGUGGAUCCCCCCACCCAAAUCUUGCAAUAGGUAUAUGAAUAUACAUGAUUGUGUUGCAGCAGAAGAGACAAAGACUAGGCUUAAUUUAUGUGGCUCUUUGAAUGUAGGUUGGGAUGGAAGUAGCUCCUCAUCUGAAAGAGAACCUCAACAAGAACUUUUUUGACUUCCUCCUGACUUUUAAGCAAGUAAGUAAGAGAUUCUGUAAACAUUGGGAGUGUUUUUCGUGUGCGCUUGCUCACUUAGCCCAGAUGUGGACAGGAUACGGCUUGCAAGCUGGAACCUUGCUUCCCCCACCCUGCUGUGGGCCAGCUUUAACAGACGGACAGGGCUGCCCUCUUGUCAGUCACAUGACGUCACUCACAUGACAUCAUUUUGACAUCAGUUGACAACUUGAAAAGGAUUCACUGAGCCUCUUCAAGAACCCUGCGUGUGAAGGAACAAUCGGGAAAUGCACUUUCAGCUCCCAGUAGUUCCCUUGUGGCAGCAUUGUUACCUACCCACACCUGUUUUCACAUAGGACAUCAGGUGUGGGACAGGUGGGUGUAAUUUGGUGAAAGCAGCUGGGUAGGGGAUUGAGGAGCAAGUAAUCUAGUAUUGUGUGAUCUGGGAGUUCUCAUAGCUGUUUGGUUUUCAGAUAUUCCCCAUUCAGAAAGCGUUUCUGCUAAUUUCCACUAAUUCCCUUCCCCUUAAGCCACCCCAAACACUGGGUUAGAAUAGGUUAUGGUGCAGGUGGCUGUAGUAGCUAACAACAACAACAACAACAACAACAACAACAACAACAACAACAACAACAAUUUAUUUCUACCCUGCCCAUCUGGCUGGGUUGCCCCAGCCACUCUGGGUGGCUCCCAACAGAAUAUUAAAAACCCAAUAAAAUAUCAAACAUUAAAAACUUCCCUAAACAGGGUUGCCUUCAGAUGUCUUAUAAAAGUCAGAUAGUUGUUUAUUUCCUUGACAUCUGAUGGGAGGGCAUUCCACAGGGUGGGCGCCACUACUUAGAAGGCCCUCUGCCUGGUUCCCUGUAAUGUCGCUUCUAGCAGUGAGGGAACUGCCAGAAGACCCUCUGAGCUGGACCUCAGUGUCCGAGUUGAACGCUGGGGGUGGAGAUGCUCCUUCAGUGGCAGGGGUUUGUGUGCGUGUAGGUGAAAAUCAGGCGUCCCAACAUGCACAAGUGAAAGCAAUUUCUGUUAAAACAAUCCCAUCAUUGGAUGCAAUCCUGGGGUUCUACAAUUUUCCUUGAAGUCAGUGUUGAAUGUUUUGACUCCUUAAUGAAUGCACAGUAUUAUUUCUUCCUACCCCCAUCAUGAUUUAUCUUUUAUAUUUUUAACAGAUUCAUGGGGAUACAGUUCAGAAUCAGUUGGUGGUGCAGUGUGUAGAGAUCCCAUUAUAUCUAACCCUUUAUUCUCCUGCAAUAGAUUGGAUUCUACAGUGCAUCUCUUACCGGGCUGCAGAGGUAAAGAUCUCUCUUUGACUGUGGAAAGAUUUUAACGUUUAACCAGAACAGAGGCCUAGUACCACAUUUGAACUUUGUAUAAAUGGAAAACGCUCUGAUAUCUGAAUCUGUUGCUUCUUCCGUGUCAGUCCAAGAAAGUGGAACUAAAUCAGUGAAGUUUUCAGGUUACAUAGGUGGCACCAUUAGCAGGUAGAGUUCUAGUGCUGUGAAUAAUAUGUAUUGAUCUGGCUUGUUCUGUUCUUAAAGCUAGCUACUAUCUACCACCCAUGAAUGUGCAGGCAAAGCUUUGUUAAUGCUGUUGUUGAUUAGAAAGAGCCACUAAAUGUAAAAUUGAAAUGUGGCUUAAGAGGCACAUGAUUUUGUGGAAUUGUUUUUAAAGUGAGAGGUCUUUGAAGAAUUAUUUCAAAGCACCUGGAGGCUGAAUGUGAUAGUUCCGCACAUGAGUGCAAGAUAAGUGCCAGCUUUGACAACAAGGCUUAUAAAUGUUGAUGGAAAAUUUGUAGCCUCUAAAUUUCUGAUGCAUUUCUAGAAUUUGAGGCUGCUGCUCUGCAAAAUAGUUUCUGUUCCCACAAAUCAGUGGCCUGACCUGGAUGAUCUAGUUACUGUCAAUUUAGCAAAGACAGACCAUAGACUUCUGAACUGAAGAAUGUUUGACCAAUCCUUCCUGUGCCAAAUUUGCAAAUUUGACAAAGAAAAAUGGACACAUACAAACACCCAUGAAUGCAAAAGAAAUAUUAUAAUAAUACUGUAGUAAUAAUAAUAAUAAUAAUACCCCAGUCAGCAAACAUUAAGGAUGCAGUAAACAUCAGUUAAAUAUAUAAAUUAAUAUAAACUCUCUAGUUGUCCAAUAGGCAUCCACACAAAAUUUGCAUCCAGCUUGGAGGAUGAUAUAUAUUUAUAGACUCUCCUUUCCCCUUCUUGCCGACCAGCGUUAAAAAGAGGAUUUGGACAAAGGUUACAUCCACAUCAUACAGGUAAAAAAACAAACCCUCUUAUACAGUCACGGACAAUCCUGGGAACUGUAGUUUAUUAAGGGUGCUGGGAAUUAUAGCUCUGUGAGGUGAAAACCCUUAACAGACUACUGUGCCCAGGAUUCUUUUGAGGGAAGCCACAACUGUUAAAAGUGGUAGAAUUAUACUUUAAAUAUAUGGUAUGGAUGUGACCUUAAUCUCAUGGAUUUCAGCGGAAAGUAGUGUGCUCAGGAUUGGAACAUAAGCACCUACAGAAAUAAACCAACAUUCUUACAACAGUGUACUUAUUAGUGGAAGGGCCCUGGCUCAGUGGUCGAACAUCUGCAUUCAGAAGGUCCUGGCAUCUCCAUGUAGGGCUGGGAAUGUCCCUAAUCUGAAAUCCUGUAGAGCUGCUGCCAGUCAGCGCAGGAUUUCAGUUUAAUAAUCUUAACACAGAACCUCUACUAAACCAGUAGUCAUAAUGCAUCAUUUGUGUUGAUUUUUUUUUUUUUUACAGCUCAGCAUGUUCUCUGGCAGAAACCAAGGAAACUUGUUAUCCUACUUUUUGAUCUUGCCAGUGUUGUUCUUCACACUACUUUCUCACCUUGGUCAUGCAAAUUACACUUCCUUUUAUUUUUAAACUCCUAUCAGCAUAGCGGUUAUAACUUUUCUCAAAACAGUCUUAAGCAAGAAUUCAAUUCCUCGUGAGCUUUUACGCCAUGUGCCAACAUUAAAAAACAACAAGCCAGUGGCAAUGCAGCCAUGUGGAAAUACGAAAUCUUUCACAGACUUAGACUUUGCCUCUUUGUUUUUUCACCACAUUUCCCUCCCGCCUUAAAUCAGAUGCUUUGCAAAGAAACCUGUUUUCUUCUUCUUCCCACUGCAAAAGAAUAGGACCAUGGCUACUGGGAGACCAUCCUUUUGUUAAGCUGAUAGCAAGGGGUGAUCGAUUUGAUGUUCCCUGAAUGGGAGCGGACAACUGGAAAUCUCUGUCCUCUGUCUUUCGGAAGGCAGAUGCCCUUUAGCUAAUGAGAGGGGUAGGGUAACUAUGUGUGACAGAAUGAAAUCAGUUUCUGGAUGGAUAGUCAGUGAGAGCUGUGAUUUAGGAACAUGGGAAGCUGCCUGACACUGGUGUAUGGCAGCAGGGUGGGUGGCUGCUGUCCGUUGAUAUGAUGGGGCGGGUGGAGGAUGGAAGGCAAGGAGACCAACUCUAGGUGGAGCCAGAGGCAAUAAUAGAAAAGGAUGGAGCAGUGGUAAAGGUAAAGGGACCCCUGACCAUUAGGUCCAGUCGUGGCCAACUCUGGGGUUGCGGUGCUCAUCUCGCUUUAUUGGCCGAGGUAGCCGGCGUACAGCUUCCAGGUCAUGUGGCCAGCAUGACUAAGCCGCUUCUGGCGAACCAGAGCAGCGCAUGGAAACACUGUUUACCUUCCCGCCGGAGCAGUACCUAUUUAUCUACUUGCACUUUGACGUGCUUUCAAACUGCUAGGUUGGCAGGAGCAGGGACCGAGCAACGGGAGCUCACCCCGUCGCGGGGAUUCAAACCGCCGACCUUCUGAUCGGCAAGUCCUAGGCUCUGUGGUUUAACCCACAGCGCCACCUACGUCCCCCUGGAGCAAUGAUAGGUGGAGCCAAAUAAUUGAUUUCGUCUCUGUCCUCCUAAAAAUCAGGAAAAUUCUCUUAAGAGUCAUUCUUUCGAUUAAAAUGUCAUAGGUUUGAGAGAGUUCCUUUAGUCUGUUAAGUAGCAAAGGGUCACCAAUGCAGACCACAAAAUGAUGCUAUCUGGACCCGGGACCUGUGCAGCUGAACUCUUAUAGGUUCUUCCACACAACCAGGGAUCCUCAUCAUGUUGGGCUGCUUAUUAGAAGCCUGUGUAUGUUCAUCUGGUCAGCCAGAUUGAAUGUAGUUUCCCUCUUCAGAGUUUUUGUUCAAUAGUCAAAGGCCUAAUGGUGCCCACUAACUUAGAUGGCAGUGGUCCAGGGUAACACCCGUAUAGAGGUAGUGCUAUCAUCUGAUCUGACCUGGAGCAAAUAUGCUUACUUGCUUCAUGUUCAAAAACAAAAUGGCUGAGAGAUUUGGAAGCAGAAUCUCCCACAAAGGAAAUAUUGGCGAACUGCACCUCCUUCACUUUCCCAUUGCAGGGUCACAAUUGGAUAUGUCUGUGUCAUUUGAAGUUUUGGUAAUGAAAGAUAUGGUUGAGUUGGUUUUUUUUAUGUUCUGAUAAUGACUGUUUUGGUUGGGUGCUUAUUUUUUUCAUUCUCAUGAACUUAUCUUUGGUAGGUUUUGCUGACGGAAAUGAUGGAAAGGUGUAAGAAGCUAGGCAACAAGUAAGUAGUGUGCUUGCAAGGCUUUUUUUGGGAACUCUGAAGGGUCCUGAUCCUUACUUAAAUCUACAGGAGUCCUACUGGAAGGGGCUUCAUUCUGGAGCCCAGUGGAGGGGGGGAAGACUUGCUCCUUGUCCCACAAUGGAGGUGGGACAAGUUUAUUCAAAACAUUCCUUUUUCUUUUUCCAUUGGUAGCUGGAUGUUGCUGUUGAGUCCUGUGGUGGGGUUAGGGAAGUCCUCUAUGCGGAGAAGAGUGUGGAUGUGUUUAUAUAAAAACCUGUCAUGGCAGAUCAAGUUGAUGGACUAUGUUGAAAUGGCAAAAAUGACCCGAAGAAUCAGAAAUCAAGAGGACCAGAAUUUUAAUAAGGAAUGGGGAAAAUUUAUAAUCUAUCUUAAUAACCAUUGUAAACAGCUAAAAAUGUUAGUGGGAUUGGAAUAACACUUGUAGUUUAAUAGUGAAUUUUGGACAUAAUGGAGAUGCAAAAGAUUUGGAUUUUUAUAAAAUAUUCAGGAGAAAAGGACUGGCAAUAGGACCCACAAAAGGGAGGAGGGAAGUCCAGGAGAUUCCUUGUUGAUACGUUAUUGUAAAAUUUUAAUUUGAAAAACCCAAAUAAACAAAUUUACACACACACACACACACACACACACACACACCAGUCAACAAACUCUGUCUGUGGUCAACCUCCUUCAGCUGGGACCUUUUGAAGGAUUCGCCUUUUGUGAACAUUUGUGAACGUUACAAAGGUGCCUUUGUGUUACUCCAUUUGUCAGUCUUUCCCAGCCGUGCCUACUCUGAUGGGCAGAAGCUCACAAAACACCUUCCUCAGAUCUCCUUUAGUGGGCGCUUAUUUAUUCAUUUGUUACAUUCACUUGUCCCUUACUGGGGGGAGGGGGGUGGAAGUCUCAAAACAACAGGCCAUUAUUAUUUUAAAAAAGCAUACAGUACUGAAUCUUAAAUGCAUCAGAAGAUAAAAAAUAUUAACGAAAAGGGCUCAUCCUGCUAUAGCAUAACAAGGACAUGUUCCAUCCCCACCCAAAAGACGAGCACCAGUUAAGGGCAAAAUGCACAGGUGAAUAGGAACGUGUUCACCUGGCACCUAACAGUGGUGUCCAGAUCUCCAGCAAACAGCUCAGAGCCUUGAACUCGUUUCAGCUCCUUAGCUGGUAUCUCAUCAGCUUCCAUCUCUGUGUCUGGAUAGUUGCCCGAGUCAGAGGUCAUGACGGCACCCAACUGCUCUGUAUACAAUGUCUUAAAAACCAAAUGAAACCCCUAAUACAAGCACUUUUCAUUUAAAGAAAAGGAGCGGAAAGGGACAGGAAACUCAGGACCCACUGCCCGCCAGCCAGGUUUAACGUUCUCUGAAAAGGAACUAGCAAAGUGUCUGUGGCCACAGUGACAUAGAUUUUUAAAAAAUAAAAAGUAGCCAACUCGGAUCAUGAAGUGGAAGAGGCAAGGCAGUAUCUGGAAAGGAGGCAACAGAACAAGACUUCUGCUAAGAUCUAUUGUGGAAGUGUUUUUAUCCCUACUUUCCCCCCAAUCUGUGAUGAUAGAUUAAAUCUUUAUUCCUACUUUCCCCCCAAUCUUUACUGCUUUUAUGCAUGGGAGGGAAAUAACAGUCAUAGGAUGCAGUGAAUUCUCCUUGUGCAAUUAUUGGUUGUUUUUUGCAACAGUCCUGCUAGUCUGGGUGUGCCCUAAUGUAAAGAAUAAAAUUAAAGUCCUUUUCGUUUCCUUUUAUAUCUUGUCUUAAUCUGGAUGUUUCUUCUAGUGCCUUGCUGUUGAAUUCAGUCAUGUCCGCCUUCAGAGCCGAAUUUAUUGCUGCCAGGUCUAUGGAUUUUAUUGGCAUGAUUAAGGAGUGUGACGAAUCUGGCUUCCCUAAGGUAACGUUCCUCCCCUCCCCUCUUGCUGUGCACCUUCUCCGCUUACGUCAGUGUCAUGCUUUAUAGUUGCCGGGAUAACUUUGCAAUAGAUAAAUAUUUUUGUAUGACACUUAAUUGCUGCCAGAUAUCAUGGAAAUGGUGUCGUUUGGCCAUGAGGUCCGAGUCUGUGGUCCUCCAGAUCAUCUAAUAAUUUCUGAAAGUUGGCCAUAUUUGUUGUGGUUGAUGAGGGGAUCACAGAUUUCCUUGCCCCUCAUCUAGGCAAUAGUGCAAGGAGGUCACAUAAGUGCAAAGAGCACUUAUUUGGAUCAUACAUCUGUUUAACACCCCUUUUCUUUUGCCAGUGGCUGUCUUUUGUCUUGGGAGCUAACUGAUUUGCAGAAGAGAUGUAAUAUUUUAGUCAGUUUGUAGAUUCAAACAUAUCUUGAGCAACUAAAAUACUGUUUCUGAUUACCAUAUUUUUUGCACCAUAACACUCACUUUUUUCCUCCUAGAAAGUAAGGGGAAAUGUCUGUGCGUGUUAUGGAGGGAAUGCCUACGGGUGGCAUGCCUACAGAUUUUCCUCCUCUAAAAACUACGUGCGUGUUAUGGUCGGGUGCGUGUUAUAGAGCGAAAAAUACGGUAAUUGUACAGCAGAUAAUAAAAUCUGCAGGUGGCAAAUGCCAUCUUAGAAGAGGUACCUCCACUUCCUGCUCAAACAGGAGGAAUUCCUCUCCUAAAAAACACUUCAUCUAAAACAAUGCUUCAUCUAAAAAAAGAAGGAACGGGGGGGGGGUGCUUUUUGGCUUUGAUGCAGAAGAAUUGCCUUUGAUGCAGAAUUAAUUUUUAAAAAAUCUCAUAGGCUAAGUUUUGUCCCAUUUAUUUCAGUGCGACCAGUCAGCCGUGGCUAAGUUCAACUAAGUGGCUGGAUCCAACCAUAGGAUUUCAGUUUUAGAUUCCUGUAACCUCAGGCACUGGGGAUGAUCUCGUUUCCCCUAUGUCUUUCUCUUCCGCACCCCAAAAUCAUUUUAUAGCAAGCUGUGCUACGGUUAAAUUGAAUGGAAAGCCCUAAUGUGUGGAUGUGGGUGGCACCAGUGGUCCUCCAGAUGUUGUUGAAUUCCAGCUCCCAUCAUCCCCAGUCCUCAAGGAUCACAUUGGGUGCAUCAUCCCUGAACUAACAGAUAUGGUUGAAUGGACACUCUCAUAUUUUCACAGCACCUUCUCUUUCGUUCUUUGGGGAGAAACUUGGCCUUAGCUGAUCCUCCAGAAGGAGAUCGACUUCAGAUCUUAAAUGAAGCCUGGAAGGUUAUCACAAAGUUAAAGAGCCCACAGGUGGGUUGUUGGUAGGAUAUGAGUUGGGCACAGCUGUAGCCAUGUACUGUUGUAAUAAGUAUUUUGCAAGUUCUGCACGUUCCAUCGUGGGAGUAUUACCUGGCCCAGGAGCUCCCAAACUAUGGACCACCAGUAGUCUGUGAGCUUUAUUCCGGUCGUCUGUGGUGUGUCUGAAGAAUAGUGGGAGCAGGAACUAUGAAUGGUAGGAGCAGCUUAUGAAAUAUAAGUACUGACUGUUGCUAUUGUCGCUUUGCUGUAUUUUGUUACUUAUCUUAGAUUAUAUUGUACCCUGUUGAAUUCAAUUGUAAUACAAUGUGAGAAAUAAGAGAAGGAAUAAAAAAUGCAAUUACAAAUUGUACAGCAACAAGUACAGUGCAUUACAAUUGUUACAACAGGCAGGGAAAUUGCAAAGUGGACCUCCCAGUUUUCAAGCAGUCCCUGAGUAAAAAUGUUUGGGGACCACUGAACUAGCCAGAUUCUCCUUCCAGUAUUUCAAUAAUUUGUUUCAAGAACAGAGCAAUAUAAGAACUACAUUUCAGAUACAUUAAAGGUUUUUUUAAAAAAUAAUUCAGCAAGCUGAUUAUUUUAUCGUUGGGGACUGAUUGUAGUAGUGUGUUUAGGAUGGGGUGUGGAGCUUGCUUUAAAAGCUCUCUAAAUACAAUAUGAUAUGCUGCUUUUAAACCAUAAUGUCCAUUCAUUGAUUUUUAGGAUUAUAUCAACUGUGCAGAAAUCUGGGUGGAAUAUACCUGUAGACACUUCACGGUAUGUGUAGAUUUAAGAAUGUAUAUGUUUUUGUUUUUAGAGUAUUUGUAUAUCUUUCUUGUAUAAGGAGAGUACAGUAGUAUCUUGGAAGUUGAACGGAACCUGUUCCGGAAGUCCAUUCAACUUCCGAAAUGUUCGGAAAGCAAGGCGUGGUUUCCAAUUGGCUGCAGGAAGCUCCUGCAGCCAACCAGGAGCUGUGGAACCCACAUCAGACGUUUGGGUUCCAAAGAACGUUCACAAACCAGUUUGUGGCAUUCAGGAGCCAAAACGUUCGAUUCGCAAGGCAUUCAACGUCCGAGGUAUGACUGUAGUUUUAGCUUUUACGUCCUUAAGGCUCCUGUGAUUUAACAAGAGAGUGUUAUGAAACUUCUGGCAUUAAAAGAUGUUGAAGUUUAUUAUAUUGAAGAUUGGACUAGAUGAUCCUCAGGGUCCAACUCUACAAGUCUAUGAUUCUAUGAUAAAGGGAUCUUUUUCUUACUUAGUGCCGUACAGUGGAGCCCUUGUUUGUGUUGGAGUCAGAGAUUCAUGCGCACUCUCUCUAGAUCUUUAUGAUCUAACCAUUUGGCUGUAGCCCAGUUCCUCUUUGUGAUGAUGACAGCAGGCUGCUGGACACCGAGAUAAUUCUUAAGCGUGGUGCUAAGUGCUCAUUUAGUGUCCCACUUCAUAUGAUGCUGUAAUGCUACCUUACGCAGCCCUUCCCUUUUUAUACCUGAGUAACAGGAGACGUAGACUGCAGGGUUUUAGCAGACCAUUGCAGCAGCACACAGAGUCCCCUCAAACAAACUCUUAUCUCUGUGUACCUGCAUUUUGUUGGUGUUAUGGAUUAUGAUUAAAGCUCAAAUUAAUUCUAGCUCAUUGACCUUAAAUAACAACAAUUUCUCUGGAUUCCAAAAGCAUCCCAAUACUUGGACUAGCAGUAUAAGACUAAGACUUCUAGUUGCUUAGCUUGGUAAUGUAAUUGUCUUUGUUUUGUAUGGUUUUGAUAAGUUGAAUUCAUGACUAUUUCACUACUGUUCCCUUAUGGCAUUUAACUUGCCCUUUUCAGAAGCGUGAGGUCAAUACAGUUUUGGCGGAUGUCAUCAAACACAUGACUCCGGAUCGGGCAUUUGAAGAGGCCUACCCCCAGGUAAAUGAAGAGUGCAACCAUGAGAAAAGAAAACAAAGAAUUUUGUUCAGACUAAAAUGUACAGUGGGAGUUGUAUCCAAUGCUGGUUCUGCUCAGACGAGAGCCAUUGGCAUUACUUGAAAUGUCUGACUUAGAUUUAUUAAUUUCAGUGGCUCAACUUUGAGCAGGACUGUUAUUUGAGAAUUCUGGCUAAUGUUUGAUGCAAGUAAAUGAAAGGUGUGUAUCUGAUUUAAUAGGUAACUGUGAACCAUGUAAGGCCAAUGAGCUAAAUUGAGCCCAGAGCAAAUAUAGAGGUAGGAGACCUGUUGAUAGUCUUCAGUUGUUUUAAAUGAUGUCAGCAAGAAGAGGAAAGCUUAUUGUUCAUGAUUGAUAAAAGACUGAAUAAGAAGCAGUGGGAUGUAUCCAACUAAGUUAUACUCAGAGUAAACCCAAUGGAAUCUUACGAACCUGUGUUCAUCAUAUCCAUUAAUUUCAAUGAGUCUUUGAGUAGCAGUGGAUACAGUCCCAUGGAUUUAAAUGAAAGGGUAAAAGUUGGCAUGAGGCUGUUGUGGGGAACCUUUGGCUCUCCAGAUAUCUAUCUAUCAUCUAUCUAUCUAUCUAUCUAUCUAUCAUCUCAGGCAUGGCCAAACUUGGGACUACAAUUUUGGGACUGCAAUUUUUGGGACUACAAUUCCCAUCAUCCCUGACCACUGGUCCUGUUAGCUAGGGAUGAUGGGAGUUGUAGUCCCAAGUUUGGCCAUGCCUGAGAUGAUAGAUAGAUAGAUAGAUCUCUCUCUCUCCAUCUAUCCUACAAUUCCCAUCUCCCCUGGCCAUUGGCCAUACUUACUGGGGCUGAAUAGAGUUGUAGUUCAACAUCUGGAUAGCCAAAGGUUCCCCACACUUGACAAAACAGGAACUUUCUUUACUGUGUGUGUCUUUUUUCUCCUGCUUCUUGCUCUUUAGCUCCAGUCAAUAAUUCAGAAGGUUAUCACCUAUUUCCAUGACUUCGCCGUUCUCUUUUCAUUGGUAAGUUUCCACACAGCUACUAGGACCACAAAUCCAUACAAACCUCCAUCUUCUCUUGUCGGUCAUUCCAGAAGAAUUUGAGGGGAGCUAGAAGGCAGAGGAGCGAAAGCUGUGCCAGAACUGGAAUAAUGGGAAUUUGGCUGAUCUGGGUCUUCCUGUCCUCCCCAUCCUUAGCUAUAAAUUACUCUUGUCAUCUGCUCACCCCAUUCUCAUUAUGCAGUCAUUGGGAGAGCCCAACGAACCUGGCAUAUGGGCAAAAGCCAGACCCAAACCAAGACUGGCUUUGUUUUGCUUUUCUAUCCUGCUCCACAGCCACAAAGGCUUCUCAAAAUAGUUUAUGACUUCCUUAAACAACGGUUCUGACUCCUUCUGUCCAACACCUUGUCCCUUGCCUGUUUGUCCCCAAUGUCUUACGGCUCCCCAGCCAUUUUGUAGCUGGCAGAGGCUGUAGCUCAGUGUUAGCAUGCAUGCCUGGACUCCCAGGGCACUUAUUCCCAACCAUAGUUGCAUGCCCCCCAAGAUGAAGCAAGGUAUUCUGCAAAUAUAGGCUAGCUCAAGCUGUAAGUACCUAAACUUGGUGGUAUUUCUGUUGACUUUUUAGGAGAAAUUCUUACCAUUCUUGGAUAUGUUCCAGAAAGAAAGUGUGAGAGUGGAGGUUUGUAAGUGCAUCAUGGAAGCUUUUAUUAAGUAAGUAUAAAGUAUUCUGAUUAAGUGCACUCUAGAGACUCUAGACCAUCUAUUGAAGGGUUGUUAAGGGCGACAGAGUGAAUUGGUCUGCAGUCCAUUUGGCAUUGGAAAUGUAUUUCUGCUGACACUAAAGAUUAGUCUAAAAAGAGCAUUUAACUACAAUAUAAUUCCUAUUGAUGUUUAUAUAAAUAGCUUAUUAUGAAACGAACUGCAUUAGGGUAGUCUUGCUAUGUUUUAAAGUAUGUUUUGCAGUUAGACAUGCUGGAUUCAAGGCAGCAGUGUAUUUGAAUGUGAGCAAACAGAUCUGGAAGGGCAGACAGAAAUGCAAGGCCCUGUUGUCUGAAUGCACAUUUGCUGCAAAGCUGAUACUCAGGCAGUUAUGGAGGGUGGUUCCCAUUUUCCUGUGGCUUGAAUAGAUAUGUGUGCCAUGCUUUAUGUACUUGUGUGUUAAAUACAGACACUUCAGAGUUAGGUCAUACCUAAAGCACAUUUAACACAUAUUUUAGGCACAUGGCUUCCUCCAGAGAUUCUUGGGAACUGUGGCUUACUCACAGAACUACAAUUCCCAGCACCCUUAGCAGUUCCCAGGAUUCUUUGGGGGAAGCCAUGUGUGUUUCAUGUGCUUUAAAUGUGGGUGUGACCCCUGUGCUCCUAAAAUAAAAGCUUUGAUGCAUUUUCUGCUUAUUAGUGUCACAGAUUAAAUAAUAGAAGAAAACCCAUAUUGCUAGUUUUCAGAUGGUACUGGUAUAUAUUGUAGCUGAUAACCAUCUUAGAAGAGACAUUCCUCUAUCUGUGAAAGUGAAGAGGGAAAUGAUCCUUUUCAGAGGCUGCCUGCCAUCUUGGAGGCUUUGUCACUCCUUACAAUAGCAAACUCGCCAACAGAAAUGGAGCCAAAACAGGUUCCACCUAGAAAGAAGCGGGAGAGGUAUCCAACAUGCUUGGGAGAAUCCCAGGGUUUUCGGAAGUAUGAAAAUAGAAACCAACCAAAAAACCCAAGGGAGACCCUACUCGCUGCCCAGUUAUGAAUGAGCAUGUGCAUUUGCCAUGGAAUGUUGACUGUCAUUUGGAAAAGAAAAGGGAAAUGCAAGUCAGUGGGGAGGAAGAGGGAUGAAUGGAUGGAACUCUGAACAAGCACUCUCCUUUUAGGAAGGGAGAGUGCAUUGCAGUAUUUCUGUGUGGAUUCCGCUUGUUUAUAUUCUUACAAAACCUGUUUCCUGGUUAAUUGGUGAUGCCUCUUCAAGUUGGUUUUUAAAAAGGAUAUUAAUCUAUUAAUUCAUUUUGGAAGGCUGAAGCCUUUCUGCUGCUAGAUUUGUCGCUCAUUGUGCAGCAGCUUGAAUAGGUUGAAGGUGAUACUUUGCCAUAUGCUUCUCUGCUUCACUGACAGCUGCUGUGAUAGCAGGAUGCAAACACGUGAGCAUCUGGGCCUUACAGGCUCCACUGCAGAAAAGUCAGCACUUUAAAUUAAAACGAAAUCAAAAUAGUUUCUUUUUCAGUGCUGAAUGCAUUCUUUCUCAAAGGGGCUUUAAUUUCCUUUUUAUCGCCUUGUGAUAUUUAGACUGCAGGUUCACAUUGUUAAGUGGUGACAACUGAGUCUUGAGAAAACACUUCGCAGAAAUGUUAACUGGAGGCUUUUGUUUUAAUUUCCUCAAUCCAUUAUAAAGAGCACAGUGUUGUAUCUCAUUGAUUCGUGCGGUAGUGUGUCAGUUCAGGAGUGAUGGAUGAUAAAACUCUCACAUGCACUUUUGAUUGGCUUGGCACUAUAAAUUAUUGUAAAUAAAAGUACUAGCCUGUGCUGGCAGGAAGCGCCCUCCACACCCGUACGAGAAGCACAUUUUAGCAAGAACAAGUGAUCUAGUCUGUGUUCUAUUUUCUCUUCCCUGUCCCCGUUGUGACAGUUUAUUCUUUGCAACACUUUUUUUCCUAAUCUUAAUGUUGGCUUGCAGUUCCGUCAUCUUUGCCUUUAGCAUCAUAUUGUUGGUUCAUUUUGGACAUCUCAACCAAAAGAGCAACAAAACUGGGUCUCAGGAUCAGUCUCUUAGGUUUUUGCAUGAUUGUUUAUAAGCUACUGGCCAGACUCUGGAUUUCAUAGAGCAGUCUGUGUUUCUUCCUAGGAGGUGCCUGUCAUGUAAGGCAGGCUGAAUUUUCUCUUCUUCUCCCCAUUCAGGUUCUCUACUGAUCUCCCGCUGAGACCUGGCUUUUUAUGCAAUAGGGGGCCUGUUGACCUCAUCCAGUUUCCUUUUUUCUUAGAAGCUGGAUGUCUUUUUCUUUUUUCUUUUUUAACCAGUUUCCUCCCUCCUUUCAGCUGGGGCUGGACAGCCUGGAGUAGGAGAGCCAAGGCUAUUAACCCAUCCAAGGGCAUUUCAUUCUUCUGCAGCCUCCCCUGCAUAAAAAGGUCACUCUGAAUCGGGCUGUUGUCAUCCUUGCUGCCUCUUUCUUCUUCUGUAAUUCAGUGAAUGGGCAGUUUUGUUAUGGCAUUCAAUAUCUUGAAUGAAUUGAAGUAAAACAAAGUUCUCGAGGGGGCACUAGGACAUCUCCAGGCAUGUUGUCUUCAUCCUAGUACUUACUCAGCAGCAGGAAAUGAUGGCAUUCCAAGGUAGCUACUGUGGAACCCACCCCUUGAAAUGCCAGCUCAUUUCCUGCCUUUGUUUAAAAGGCAUCUCCUUGAGCUGUGCUUAUAGUCUGUCUGAUUCUACUCUCUCAGGCCUGUUGUGUGUUGUUGGUUUUUUGUGUGUGGACUGUGUGCCAGCUGUCUGUGUGUGCCUGCCCCGGGGUGAAAUUUUCCUCCCAGUGGGAUUUGAGUGUGCUUGGUCUGCUGUUUGUAUUUUCCGUCUCAGUUAAAUUAAGAUUUACCUUUUGUGUUCCAUAAAAUUUCCUUAGACUAGCUGUCCCUUUCAAAACCUUCCAGAAUUUAUUAUUACCUUUGAUCCUUCUGUUUUGUUUUCACGCCAGAUUAAUUAUUGAUUGGCUUGCGAUCUCAGGCUUGGUUCAUGUAUUAGGGCCAGAUCUUGACUACAGCUUGGGGUUGUGUAAAGGUAAAGGUAAAGGGACCCUUUACCGUUAGGUCCAGUCGCGGAUGACUCUGGGGUUGCGCGCUCAUCUCAUUCUAUAGGCCGAGGGAGCCGGCAUUUGUCCGCAGACAGCUUCCGGGUCAUGUGGCCAGCAUGACUAAGCUGCUUCUGGCGAACCAGAGCAGCGCACGGAAACGCUGUUUACCUUCCCGCCGGAGCGGUACCUAUUUAUCUACUUGCACUUUGAUGUGCUUUCGAACUUCUAGGUUGGCAGGAGCAGGGACCGAGCAACGGGAGCUCACCCUGUCACGGGGAUUCGAACUGCCGACCUUCUGAUCAGCAAGUCCUAGGCUCUUGGUUUAACCCACAGCGCCACCCGCAUCCCCUUUGGGGUUGUGUACUUUCCCCUUUUACUCUUGGAAGGUUUUUUUGGGAGGCGGCAGGCAAACAGCAUCUUAAGUCAUAGAAUUGGAAGGAACCCUGCGGAUCAUCAUAGUCCAACCCCCUGAAAUGCAGGAAUAUGCAGUUGUCCCAUACGGGGAUCAAACCUGCAACCUUGGCGUUAUCAGCAGCAUGCUCUAACCAACAGAGCUAUCCACUCUGAGGAAGGCUACUAUAGUGUGAAGAAUUAGUUUCUUUUAUCUGGCCUGGAUCCUGAGUUGCAGUCCCAAACAGUAGUUUGGACCCACUUUUGGUCCACACAUAUACAUUAAAAAAACAACAACCGUAUACAGUGGUACCUCGGGUUACAUACACUUCAGGUUACAUACGCUUCAGGUUACAUACUCCGCUAACCCAGAAAUAGUACCUCAGGUUAAGAACUUUGCUUCAGGAUGAGAACAGAAAUCGUGCUCCAGCGGCGCAGCAGCAGCAGGAGGCCCCAUUAGCUAAAGUGGUGCUUCAGGUUAAGAACAGUUUCAGGUUAAGAACGGACCUCUGGAACGAAUUAAGUACUUAACCUGAGUUACCACUGUAUUAGUUUGGUGGUUGAAGUGCAGUGGUGACCCACACUAGACCCAGAUUGUGAUCCCAUAGUGAGUCCAAGUCCACCAUUUUAAGAUCAGGGGGUUGAAAGCGUCAGGUAUGUCUGCUCCAUGGUGACCCCAGUCCUAAGGCAAACUCUUGUAUGGCAGUGGCUCCAUUGUACUUUUGUUCCCCCAGAUCAGGAGUUGUGCGAGAGAGCAAGGCGCUCUUUUGUUCAUUCGUCACACCUUUGCUGUGCAGUAAAUAGAGUAUAGAGCUUUUAAUGCCCUAUAAUCAAAGAGCACUUCAAGUGAAUGCUUAUUUUCUAUGACAAGACCUUUUACACAGCAGGAAAGCAUAAUCCGCGUAGAUGGAAAGAACCACUAAUUACCAUGCUAAGUGUUCCUGCAGCUUCUAGGGAGCAGAAGGCACUGGAUGCAGAACUUCCUGUGUGCUGCUGAAUGUCAAAGUGCCACAUAUCCAUCUGGGCCUGGGGCUUUGUGUGGUUUCAGGUUUUUGAGUACUGUCUCUAUUUCCUCUGGGGUGAUAGGGCUAUCCAUGAAUUCUUGUUCCUCUGCAGUUAAGGUUGUCAUGGUCAGCCCUGUUAGGAAUCUUCUGGUUUCCUGUGCAGGUGGGUUGCGGGAGAUGUAUAGAUUGGCGUAAAAUUCAGCAAAUUCUGAGGUUAUUUCUUUGGUGGAGGAUGUUAUGUUACUGUCUUUUUUUAGUGACACAGUGUAUUCUGUUUUGAGUGCCCCCCCCAACUGCAUUUGUUUGCUAAUAGUCUGGCGUUCUUCCCUCCAUAUUCGUAAAAGCAUUGUUUAGAGUAUAGGAUGUUAAUCAUAGUUUUAUUGAUUUUUAGAGAGUCAGUUUCCCUUCUUUUUUGUUCUUUGAGUUUUAAGGAGUUUUUUUGGUUCCUGUUUGUUUAUAGUGUGAUGAGAGGGUCAUAAUGUCUUGUUCUAAUUUACCAAUUUUUGAGGAGGUUGUGUUUUUUAAAGGAUGCCCUCUCCUUUUUGCAGGCUCCUCUGGUGACCAUUUUCAUUGUGUCCCAGAGGUUGGGGGCUGUUAUGUUGCCCACGUCAUUGUCCUUAAAGUAGUUUUGGAGAGUUUUCAAGACAUGAUUGACGUUACCACAUGAUUAUUUUUGUCACCAGCUUUGCAUGGGGAACAUUUCACUUACAUUAUUUGUUGUGGCAUGGUCUAGCAGUUUAUCCCGAGAAGGAAGCUCACUGUUCUGAACUUGUUGCAAGUUGUUAAAUGCCUUUUUCAAGAGUAAUAUUCACCAUACCCCCCCUUCAAAUAAAAAUGUAUGUGUUAGAAUCACUUUGCAAUGACUUCACCACAACCGUAAGUAGCACAAGCUGAGCUGGUUCAUACAUAACUCAGAAGUAAGGCCCUGUCUGCACUGUGCAUUUUAAAGCAGCCUCAUACCACUACAAGCAGUUGUGGCUUCCCCCCCAAAGAAUCCUGGGAACUGUAGUUUGCUAAGGAUGCAAAGUGUUGUUAGUAGACCUUAUUCCACUCCCAGAGCUAACAGUUCCCUGGGAAGAAGGAUUGAUUGUUAAACCACUUUGGGAACUGUAGCUCUGUGAGUAGAAUAGGGGUCUUCUAACAACUCUUAGUACCCUUAACAAACUACAGUUCCCAGGAUUCUUUGGGGGAAAGCCAUGGCUGUUUAAAGUAGUGUGAUACUGCUUUAAUUGCACAGUGCUGAUGGGGCUUAAGUGUAUAUGCUUCCUCCCCCCUCCCCAAUCUGAUUUUGUGUAACCCAUGUUAAACGACCACAGCUUCAACCUUACUGCUAAUAAUAUUUUUCAUUCUUGUUUUUCCGAACGUGUUGUUUAGGCACCAACUGGAGCCGACCAAGGACCCUGUCAUCCUCAAUGCCCUUCUGCAUGUGUGCAAGACAAUGCACGAUUCUGUGAAGUAAGGUUUUUUCACUGUCUCCUUAUAAUGAAUUUCAUUUUAAAUGGUGGUGGUUGUUGUUGUUGUGAUCAGUUCUGAGGCCAAGGCUUCAGGGUUGGAGAACUGUUUUUCCAUGUGCUGCUUUUAUUCAGGGCUGUGUGCAGGAAAACAAAAUACCAGCACUGGCCUGCUUGCUCCUUAAAACGUUGCUUUGUUCUAAAUGCAAAACAAAGAGAAGAUGAUCUGGGAUGUGCUGGUGACUUCACAGCUUAACAAAUGGGUUGUGGGUGGAGCAAGAGAGAGGCGGCAGGGAGUAAAUGUUAAGAGUGUCAAAAGGGAUAAACAAAAUGACAUGCUUUUGUGAGAUGCAGGUGUCAGUUAAAGUGCCUCUCCAAAAAGCACUCGCAACUCCAGUGAACAAUACAGUAUUGAUAUGGGUAUGCUUAUACCUGACAAGUAUUUUAAAAACAAACAAAUAUCGGAAGUAAAUAACAGAACACAUUUAAAUGCUUUUUUUUGCCAUUUUGAAAUGCGUACUCUCUCCUGUUAGAUACUCCUUGUACUCUUCUUCCAGCAAAAAGCUGCUCCCCUGAUACUUAGUGCCAAAAGAAUGCUAAGAACUUACAGGAAGAGAACAUAGAAAUGUCAUUUCUGCAUUCUCUUUCUUUGUGGUGCCUGGGCAGUCUCUGUGCUCAGCUGGUUGCCUGCUUCAGUGGGCAGGAGGGGGGCGCAUUUUGAUAGAUGCCUUUUAAUGCCAGGCAAGGAGGGAAGAUUACUCACAAGAUCUACAGAUCUUGGUCUUGCUUUCUCUGAGUUUCUCAUUCUUCUGAUCUUAAGUUCACAUCUCCUCCGUAUCUGCAUCAGCUUUGCAGAAAGAAUUUAAAGGCCCGCUUAAAAACCCACAUGCAUUUAUGUGUGCAUUUCCCACGGUAUCCCUGUUUUUGUCAGCAAUUUAUUCCCUAGUGCGGUGGAUUUUUGCAAAUUAUUUUCAUGAAUACAUGCAUUUUUGUGCUUAUAUGCACGUGCACUUUUGAACUGUUUCACAAUGUUAGAAGAAGUGCAAACUUCAGAGAUAGCCGCAUUAGUCUGAGAAGUGCCAGUUAAGAGAUUUGCAUUCAAAUGUCAGCCAUGCUAAUUUCCCUUCCAUUAUUUGGUCACAAUUGCAGGAUUUGCCCUAAUCCUGGUUUACAUAUCAUAGCAAAUGUGCAAAUGUGUGGGCUUUCAAAGAAGAGACUUUUUUUUACUGAGCUAAGCAAAGCUGAAGGACAUUCUCAGUCCUACUUGGAAACGUGUGGGACUUAUGGGCAAGGGAGAUGCAAAAGAAACUUGCAUUUCCUGCUACUCUACAGUGCCACCAGAUUCAAAACUGCUGUGCGAUACUGUGAUGAGAUCAAUACAGGAGAUCGGUGUUGUCGCUGAGAACAAAAUCUUAAUUGUUUCUGGCAUCAUCUUUGCUUCCUAAGUCCUUUUAUCUAAUAAAGGCAGAAAUUGACUUUUUAAAACAAAUAAAGCACAUUAAAAAACAAAUGAUUUUGUCUAUAAAUCUUGUUCCUAUAAACAGUAAACAUGAUUUUUGGACUAAAGGGAUCUCAAUAUGCAGCCUAUUUCUUUGGCAUACAGUAGCAACCAUUUGGUCCAUUUCUAUUUCUUGGUCAUCUGCUCCUUAAUUGCAGGAAUGGAACUAACUUUUUAGUGCUGAAUCCAUAUAAUUCUUGCUAUCAUUAGUAAGUUCUGGAGUAAUAACAUAAUUGCCCUGGACUAUCAGUCGUUGAAAUUGUUCAUAAGCACUGCUUCUGGUACAGGUGUUAAUCUGGUCUCAGUUACCAGGGCAAUAAGUUCUAGCAAAUGCACUCGUAACAAUACUGGGUUGUGUUUACUGUUAGCACUACUCAGAUUGGAUCCCUUGAAAUUAAUGGACAAGACAUACCAUAUUUUUCGUUCUAUAGGAUGCACAUUUUCCCCUCCAAAAAUUAAGGGGAAAUGUGUGUGCGUCCUAUAGAGCGAAUGCAGGCUGCGCCGCUAAGCCCAAAGCCAGAACAGGAAGACGGAGCACUGCGGAGCGCUCCGUCUCGCUGUUCUAGCUUGGGGAUGGCUGCGCGCAAACCUCUGCAGGGCAGCGGGGCGCUGCGCUCCAAAGGCUUCAGGGAUCUUUGAGGCUGGCGGUGGGGGAAAGCAGCGCUUCCCCCCACCGCCAGCCCCACAAGCUCUGGUGAAUGUACCUUGAACACACCUUGUUUUAGAGGGGGAGAACAAGAAAAAAUAAUUUUUCCCUGUUCUCCCCCUCCUAUGGUCCAGUGCGUCCUAUGGUCCGGUGCGUCCAAUGGAGCGAAAAAUACGGUACUUGCACCCACCAAUUUCAAGAGGUUUACUCAGAGUGAAACUUGGUUGGAUUCAAACGCCAAACAGUUUUUUCCUUAAAUCUUGCUUUGUUUCUGAAAUAAUUCUGCAACAUCUGUAAGAGCCUGCAUCAACUGGAUUGCGCAGCCUUUGCAAAAGGAGCUGCAUUGCAAAGCUUUGCAAAAAUAGUGACUAUGGAAAAGGUCACAUCCAAAUCCUGCAUUUAAAGCAAAUGUAAGAGUAAUGACCUAUCCCAAAGAAUCUUGGCAACUGUAGUCUACCACUCACAGAGCCACCUUUAACAAACUACACUUCCCAGGAUUCUUUAGAGGAAGCCAUGACUGUUAUAGCCCUAGAGGAGUUCUUGAAAUGUAUGCUGUGGAUGUGACCUGUGCUGCAAAUUGGGAAGUCCCAGGUUUGAAUGUCACCUCUGGCAUAAUCAUCAUCAUCAUCAUCAUCAUCAUCAUCAUAUCCCACCCAUCUGGCUGGGUUUCCCCAGCCACUCUGGUCUGCUCCCAACGGAAUAUUAAAAAUAUGAUAAAUACAUCAAACAUUAAAAACUUCCCUAAACAGGGCUGCCUUCAGAUGCUUUCUAAAAAUCAGAUCAUUGUUUAUUUCCUUGACAUCUGAUGGGAGGGCAUUCCACAGGGUGGGCGCCACUACCGAGAAGGCCCUCUGAGCUUGCUUGGUGGCCUUAGACAGGCUGCUCUCUUUCACAAGAGCAAAAACAGACCCUACUCGAUCAGGCCAAUAACCAAUCGAGUCCAGCAUCCUAUUUUCACAGUAGCCAGCUUCAGUCCCCCUGUCUACUAUAUGGAGUGAUAAUACAGACUUGCCUUACAGAGUUGUUGAUGCUUGUAAGGUGCUUGUAACAUUUGCAUUGCAGUCCCAAAUGUUAAAGUGUGUUUUAGAUUAAAAAGUUGAACUAGAUAAUGCCAUUUUCCUGCUUGGGCUCUACUCAAGCUAAAGCACUGUGUGUGUCAUUUAAACAGCUGCUUUGCGGUCAUGUUUUUAAAUUAGCAAUUUUUAUUGGGGACCCGGUGCUCCCUUCCACGCAUCUUCCAAACCAUCCAUCAGUUUCUUGUUAUGCCUGUAUUGGAUGGCGAAACCCUAAUGAGCUAAUCAUGGUGAAGGUUCACUCUUCCCUUCCAAUUGAAUUUGUAUUCCAGAACAAUUACUCUGUUCCCAUCUGGUGUCUGCACUAGGAGAAUUGCAAAAUAGUACACCAGGGACUAGCAUGCCCAGGAUUAAACUGGAUUACUUAAUUGUAAUUGAGCGUGGUUCGUUUUCAUCAGAAUGUGUAUGGUUUUAUUACCUCCCCAUUUGGUAACCAAAUUAAAUGCUAAUGAUAUGAAACUGAAUUUGCUACCCUCCACCCCCCGCCAAUAUCCCAGCAGUUUAUGGCUAUUGUUUUCGCCCAGUGUAUCACACCAUGAUGCGCUACUUUUGCUGUGCAGAUGUUUACAUUUGUUGUGUUCUACGGCCCUAUCCUAAAUUAAUUUUGGAAUUGGUAAUUUGCAAAUAAUGGCUGCUCACGGUUACAGGGUGGAUUCAAACUAUUUUCCAAAGCAGUUUUGUCCCACGGUAGAUGUUGGAUAGCUUAGUUGGCAAACUCUUAAUCUUAGGGUGGUGGUCUCGAGCCCCACAUUGGGCAAAAGAUUCCUGCAUUGCAGACGGUUGGACUUGAUGGCCCAUGUGGUCCCUUCCAACUCUACAAUUCUAGAAUUCUAGAGAUUUAUUCCCACUUUCCCUGGUUCACAAUGCAGUGAAAUUUAUAAAGAAGUACAAACAUAGUUUGCAAAUCAUUGAGAGUUGCACAAUUUGCUGCACUUGCUGAUCUCAUUUCGGUUCAUGAUCUGCACAAGUAUUACACCUCUUCUUGUUAUCAUGUGUUCUCUCUCUCUCUCUCUCUCUCUCUCUGUGUGUGUGUGUGUGUGUUUGUGUGUGUAACACAUUCAUGGCAUAGAAAAGGUUCCAUGUUUCAUUCUAGGCAUCUCCAGGUAGGGACAGGAAAAACCUCCCGUCUGAAAGUUUGGAGAGCCAUUGCCAACUUAGCACUGGCCAUACGAAGCUAGAGGAACUCAAUGGUAUAGAGCAGCUUCCUGUUUGCCUGUGAUAAAUGGGACUUGGUAGCAAGGUAGAAAGACACCAUCUUGACUGCAAGUCAAGUGAAGCAGGAGUUUGAGGACUGGGGCAUUCCAAACAUUGCUUGUGUGACUUUUCUGUUCUACAGACAUCUUUUGCCAUGCUGUAGUUCAGGGGUUGGGAACCUCAAGCCAGGGAGUCAAAAGUGCCUCUCCCAGCCUCUUUUGUUUGGUCCUCGGGAUUUUCCCCAGGUCAUGAUCCGUCCAGAUCAGCUCGGGUGAAUCUGCUUUGAAAUGAGAGUUGUUCAGAUUCCUCCCCCAUCCCUACCCUGGGGUAAGCCGCACUGAAUUCAACAGGGCUCAUUUCUCACGUUUAUGCUAUAAACCGAUUUGAGGUUUUUAUUAAAAAUAUAAAGCAGUAUAGAAAGGAAAUGAAUAAUAAUAAUAAUGUAGCAUCAAUUUAUUUUUGAUGGGUUUCUUAAAUAUUGAUGCUUUUUUGUAGUGCGCUGACACUAGAAGACGAAAAACGAAUGCUAGCCUCUUUGAUAAAUGGAUUUUUGAGAAUGGUGAGUAUCUGCUGGGCUGGUCAGUGUUUUAAUCUGCAUUUUAAUUGUGCUUUUAACUGGCUGCUAGUUUUUGGCUUUGGCAGUGUGUGUGUGUGUGUGUGUGUGUGUGUGCUUACAAGAAAGCACAGUAUAUCUGAUGUAAUGUGUAGUUUGGCCCGUAGCUUUUAAUUAUGACACCUAAAUUAAACCUUCCAUGGCCAGAUGCAGUAUACCUCAGGAUGCUAGAAGAUGCACAGCAGGACUUGCCUUUGUAAUUAUGCUUGUGAAUUUCACAGCAGCAUCUGGCUUUACACUGGGGGGCAGGGGAGGCGUGCUGAGUGACACAGACCUCUUGCUCUGAUCCAGUAGGGCUGCUGUUUUGCCCCCAUUGCAUCAGAGAGUUGUGUGUUCCUAAAGGUUCUGUCAAAGGAAGUGAAAGAAAAAAAGAUGUGAUAUGAACCACAUUGCUUGGUAAAUACUGCAUGAAAGAGUUAGCGCUGCACUGCAGCAAAUGAGAUGGAAAGAAUGGGUAACUGGAUGCCAGAGUCCUGUAUAAGAAAUGACUUUGUGAAUCUUUUAAAUCCAGGUUUCAUUUGGCCGUGACUUUGAGCAGCAGCUGAGUUUUUAUGUUGAAGCCAGAUCAAUGUUUUGCAAUUUGGAACCUGUUCUCGUCCAGCUGAUUCAUGUGAGCAUACUUUCUUAAGUUGAAAUAGGACUUCGGGAGCUGUGUGAGCUAUUUUUCCCUGCUGCAUUCCGUCAUUCCUUGCAUUUCAUUACAGAGCAAGGUCAAUUUUGUUGGCAUUUUAACAGCAGAGAAUUUGCAUUCGUACAUCAUGUUUUAUAUUGAUAUUUGGCAUGUUGCUGGUGAAUUCAUUCUGCAAAUUGAAAAGCACAAAGUCGUGUGAGCUGAUAGCUCAUUAGUGGGGAAUAUUCUGAAUUACCUCUUCAUUUUCAGUGUUCCUCUUUCCUGCUUUCAUGUAGGAAAAACAGUAUUUGAAAUAUACUUUUCCUCAGUCUAAACUGAUUGCUCCUGGGCACUAAACUAGCACAGCAACUAGUUUUGAAUUUUUAAAGGUGGCAUUCUUAUCCCUAAGUCAUGGGUGGAGGACUUCAAUUUCAGGGGCCAAAAACACACUCCCCCAGCCAUUUUUUCUGACCCUUGUAACCCUUCCCAGCUCACACCUCUUCUCCCCAGGCAACAUUCCUUCACUGGCCCUGCUUUGCUCUGGAAGUGUUUUCACCUGAAUGGAAUGUACCCUUGAACUCAGGCAAAUUUUGGUUAUCUUCAUGUGGGGUUUUGGUCUUGUUUUUGCACAUAGUAUGCACAACCCUCCUUGCACAUCAUUAUAGCUGUAUGCUCUUUCAUUUUCCCUGAAGCUUGUAUUUCUUAUUAGUUAAACAGGAAUAUUUGUUAUUUAUUUAGUUCCAUUGACUUCUGCUGGAGAAAUCCUUGAAUUGUUGAGUUGCAGAGUUACUUCUGUAGGUAACAUAAUCUUUUCAAAACAGAGUGUGAACCAGCUGGCGAUGGAAACGCGAAAAGUGAUGAAAGGGAAUCAUUCCAGAAAAACGGCUGCAUUUGUCAGGGUAGGUGUGAAAACUGAAGGAAUUCUUCAUCCUUAUUUUUUCUGCAUGAACUAUGGUCUGUUUUGGCCAGAGCGCUAAACCAUGGUUUAGCACUGGGGGGGGGGGCGGCUGGUUGGGCUUAUGCUCCCACUAUUUCUGAUUACACUUUAGUCAUUUUAAGUGGGGGUGAUGGGAUUUGGCACCCAGCAAUACCUGGAGAGUACGAUUCCCCAAACCUCUGAUUUAAGACAUGUUCAGAAUAGUCUUUGAAAACCUUUCUUACCUUUUUUUAAAAGGCUUGCGUUGCCUUCUGCUUCAUCACAAUUCCAUCUUUGACAAGCAUAUUUUCUCGUCUCAAUCUGUACCUGCACUCUGGACAGAUUGCUUUGGCAAACCAGUGCCUUUCGCAAGGUAAGCCUCAUGAUCUUUCUUCAUUUGUAAAACAAGUUAUUAUUUUAGGAAGCAGUCUUUCUAGCUACAGUGGGAACACAUGAGGAUUGCUAAAAUUUUGAAUGUUCUGUUGGGAAGGAGCUGGAGCCUUUGCUUGUUAUGGCUCCUUUGCACAGAACAGAUAUGCUUUGGAGAAGGGCCAUAGCAUCCCCCUUCAUUGCAGAAGGUCCCAGGUUCAGUCCCCUGGAAUCUCAGGUAUGGCUGGGACUGUCCCCCAUCUGAAACCCUGGCAGUUGCCAGUCAGUCUAGACUCUAGAACAAUACUGAGCUGGUUGCACCAAUGGUCUGAUUUAGUAUAAGGCAGUUUCCUAUGUUCCCGUGUUCCAUGCUAAGGGAAAGUAUUCAGCUAGUAAAAAAAAGAAAUCCAGUCGGAAAGAGUGUAGGCAUGGCACGAUAAGAGCUUGGAAUCCUGAGAUCUAAAGAAUGUGCACAUUUUACUUAAAAAUGCUACUGAACCUAUGAUUAAAUAACACUACUCAGAGCCUGGAUUUUGCUUUUAGGCAAGACAUAAAACAAGCAGAGCAUACAAACGUGUGACAUGUUUUAAGAAUUCUAGCAUUAUUUUUGGCAAGUGGUAGGGACGUUAAUGCUGACAUGCUAAUUUGCUUAACAAUGAGACUGUUUUUGUUCCUUCAGAACAAAACCUUCCUCUGCCUGUAAAAAAAAAAAAAAGAGAAAAGUCUUUAACUGCUACAUGUUUAGUCCCAUAAAACAUUUCAACCUUUCUUUUCCAAGAGGAGUUCGUUUUGGUGGAAGCUCUUCCUUUGUGCUAGAUGUAUUUGGUACAACAUCUUCAGGCUUUAGAAACAAUGCAUAACUGAUGCCUUGGAUUCAGUCCAAACACCCCUUCAGGUGUCAGUGUCAUGGUUUAUGUAGCAAAAGUUAUAUCACAAGGAAUCUCUAUAAAUGCAUUUUGAGUGGAGAGCAAUACAGCCUGGUUUUGGGAGGAUUAUCGAAAAGGCAAGAGUGUGUGACACUCUUCUUCCAGUAGAACGAGGCUUCUUGUUGUUGCUGUUUUUACAGUUGAGAAGAUGAUGUCCUGAACAUCUGCCCUCUGGGCUGUUUUUCCUGUUGUAGGGUUGUGAUGGUUGAAAGAUGUAAAGGGUUAGUCCUUUCUCAGAAUGAGCUUACAACAUGGUGUAGGGAAGGGCUGUAGCUCAGUGGGUAGUUUGCAUGCCAGAGCCCUCAGAUUCAGUCCCCAGCAUCUCUUGGUGUGGUUGGGCAAGACUCUUCUUAGAAAUUCUGGAGAGCCACUGCUCGAUGUGCAGACAGUGCUGAACUAGGUAGUGUUAGAAUUCCUGCUCCAUGAUUGCAGUCAUGGGAUUUUUGUCUAUCACCUGAUGGUGUAUUGACUGAGUGGGAAGUGACAGAGACAGGAUGUUUAUGUUGCUUUGUUCCGUGAAGUGGGACAAUUGUCCUUUGUUUCUUUUCCUCUUUGCUGUCUGAUGCUAGAGAGAGAGGGAGCCAUGUUGCAGUCCUCUGUGUGUGUUUGUAUGUAAAUAAAGUAGAUUAGCCAAAAUGCUGAGUUGCUGAGGUCUGUUGCGCAAGAUGCGCAAACUCUGCGGAUCCCUAAGUGUGCCGGUGUCAGUUGCCAUCGGUUGCUGUGAUGUUCGGGCUGAAGAAAGCUUAUGAAGCUCCCAAACGAUCGACCAGGAGGGAGGGAACAUUCCAUUCUGGCAUGUGUCUCUGCCAGGGUCCUACUUGAGUGUAGGCUGAACUCCUGACAGGUAGACCAUUGGUGUGACUUGGAAUAAGUCUGCAGCCUAUGUUACUAUAUCAGGGAUGGGGAUCUCCACCUGUCCUACAACUCCCAUCAGCCCUAACCAGCGUGGUCAGGGGUCAGCGUGGAUGGGAGCUGUAGUCUUAGCAACAUCAGGAAGGCCACAGAUUCCCCAUCUCUGUCCUAGAUUCAUAGACUCUACGCUGUGUGUUGCUCCCACUCAGUGUAGGCAUUGUGUUCGAUGGACCUUUGGCUUAAACAGGUGAAACACAGACCUCCCUCCCUCAGCUCUGGUGUGACAGGCCGGCUGCACGAGGCUUCCUCUCCCUCAGCUGCCAUCUGGGGGCAGCCAUUGCAGCAGAGUUACUUCGGUGGAAGAGAUAGCAAACAAGGCUCAUUUCAUCGGCUUUGCUGGAGGUGCAGCUCUGCCAGGCCUCUCCUGCCAGCUGGUCAUUAUGGGAACAACUGUUUAGAAAUUGAGUUUGAAUUUUAUUUCCUUCUUCCCUCCCUGCUCCUUUCCGCUUGUGCAUUGGGGUUUUUUGUACACUUGCAGGAAGGUACUGUCUUGUUCUGAUUGUACAUGGCAUCCUGGGAGCCUUUUUGGCUGAGGAGCAGGGUAAAUAAGCUCUAAAUAAACGUGGAAUAAUAAAACAGGGCAAGGCAGCUUCAUAAUAAGUUAUUUGGUCGUUCAUGUGACUAGCAAAGAGCCAGUUACAUAUGUUUGCCAUUUUGAUCAUUACCUGUGUUUUCUAAGGCAGGAUAGACUUGUAGGAUUGUAUGUUUAUGACAGUUUGACCAUAGGUUGUUUUGGGGGUGCGGGGAGUGGAGCAUAGAAGAAUCUGUGCAUGUAUGACAUGUUCUUUCUGAUCGGCAUGGCUUCAGACAUGUGCAAGUUCAAGCAAGUCAAAUCUUGACCCUUUCCGGAGAUGACAAAAGUUGCCAGAAUUGCACAUGUGCUAGUAAGUUCCAGCUGUAAAUGCAAACAUGCUGACAUCAGAUGCUGACUAAGGCUUUUACCGCAAGGCUACUGGUUUUUAUUUCUUUGUUUAGGCGUGAUGCCGUGUGCCUCAUUGGGGAUUUAGAGCAAAGCUGACUGUUCCAUCCGAGCAAGUUGCGAAAACAAUAGAGCUGCAAAGUCAGUGCAGUGCACUUUCUGUUUGUUUGGCUUGUUUGUAGACAAACCAAGCAGAGACCACAGUGUGAAGUCAUUUUCCAUUCCUCUGCUGUGGUUAUUAACUCAUUCGCUAUUGUUUCACCCCGCUGGAUAAUUAGUGGGUGUAUUUGCUUGUUCAAAGUAAGGAACAUAGGAAGCUGCUUGAGUCAGACCAAUGUCCCAUCUAGCUUGGUAUUGUCUACACUGACUGGCAGCUGCUCUCCAGGGUUUGGGGUAGGCGUCCGUCUCAGCCUUUCCUGGAGAUGCUGGGGAUUGAACCUGAGACCUUUGGUAUCCAAGGCAGAUGCCCUAGCACUGAGCUGUAGCCCUUCCCUGUUCUAACCGGCCUUUUCCCAAAGGCUUCAAUGGAUGCCUGAAAUUCUACUGAAGGUACACCUUGGCUUGUGUGUGGAAUUGCCACCCACUUCAUUGAAAAAAGAAUUCAGGGUCUUGAAAUUGGAUUGGAAGUCUGAAGUGUGCCCACUGCUUCUGUGGGUGUUACCUCCUCUCAUUUGCCUUACUGUCUCCUUUCACUCCCAGUGUCAACGCUGGUCCUAGAUGCUGUUGCACAUGGUACUAAAAAUCUUCCACACUUUAAAUUUUUGUGGGUCUGCAGUUAGUUUUUUGCUAACUAGAUUAACACACGAGACGGUUACUCUAAAAAUAUUAUGCAAGUACUUCCAGUCGUCAUUGACUGAUGCUUUGACUUUAUUUAUCGUGUGUGUGUGUGAGAAAACUGGCCCUAUAUUUCAACAGAGUAUUUGCUUUUCUAGGCAGUCCUUGCCAGCCAGUUGAAUGCAAACUGUAUCAUAGCUAAAAAGUUGGAUUCUUCAGUACUGGGUACAGCAAUUUGUCCUAAAGUCAUAUGACAAAGCAGCCUUGCUAAAAGUUAAGUGGGCUGUGGACUAGGCAGUGUCUGGAUGGAAGGGAUCUAUGGAAAAGAAAGCUACCUACUGGCUUGGAAGAUUUUAGCUGCAAAUGGGAUUCAAUUGAACUUUGACCGGAGAAGACGUGUGUAGGAUCACACUUUAUAUACAUGACCCUGCACACUGAACUGGAUCUCUUUGUGCAGUGGCUCCCGAACUGUUUCCCCCUCAAGCCACUUGAUUUUGCUGGUGGUUCUUGGUGGACCCCUUAAUGACCCCUUCUGUCUGCUACAGCAGUUGCAAAGCACUGUGCUAGAUGCUGUGUGAUUUUAUUGCUUUUAUUUCCUAUUUUGUGUUUUAUUGUAUUAUAAUUUGCAUUUUGUAAAAUUCAGGUUACAAUACAAUACAAGAAAGAAAAGAAGCAACAGCAACGCAAUUAAAAAUCAAUGUGAAUAUUUAAUGUGGACGUGCUGCAGGUCACCUGAAUGGAUCUUGCGGAUCACUGUGGUCCAUGAACCACAGUUUUGGACUUAGUGUAACUUUGCAGAGUAAUGAUAAAUCCUCACCAGACAUGUUUCCUGUCAUAGGUAAUGUGCUGGGCCAAGCUAGCAAUCUCUCUGAGGGCAAAAUGAACAGAGAUUUGUUAAUUCUACUUCUCUUUAUAGCAUUCACUUGAGGCACGUGAUUGUGAAACAGUGUAGGUUUGUCCUAACAUAAUGCUUUUCUGAGCUGUUAAAACUUUGCUUGGCUCGAAGCAUAAUAUGCCACAUGGCCAGAGGUAUCCAACUAACUUGGAUGACUAAUUUCACCGAGGGACAGAUAAAAAUGGAAAUUGGGGUGGGAUUUGUUUUGCUCAACUGCGCUGACCGAAUCUGGAUUCAGAGUUCAAAAGUGCACAGAGCUAUAGCUGAUCUAAUAUUCCUAGCUGCCCCCACCCUUAUCUGAUAGCACAGCAAGAUGAAAUAUUUGUGUUUCUGCUGGCCUACUUUUCUGGGCCAUCCGGAAAUGAGGACGAAGAAUCCUCAAUCCUGAUGUUUUUCAUCAUCUUGUUAUAUUUGCUGCUUUAGUACUGCAUAUUUUCCAAUUCCAAGAAAAGGGGGCAUUAGCAGAAACUGCAACGGCCUCUUCUUCUCCCCCACCCCAGAUUUGAUUAGAUCCUUCAAUCUAGUCUCUGACCCAUUUGGAACUGAAUGGCUUUCAUUGCACUUGUGGAUAGCUGUGGUUUGAUCUUGGCUUGUUCUCUCUAAAGUUAAAAGAAAACCAUAGUUGCUGCAGUUCAGACAUACCGAGAAACUGUGGUUCAUUUUAAAAGCAGAAGCUGAGACUUCUGAUUUCCUCCUUGAGGCUAUGAAAAAGGAAGAGGGAGUGCAUGGGUCCAGGGCUAUUUAUGCCUUGUCCACACAUUGGGAAACCAUGAUUUCCUAAUUAUGUAUCACCUAGCCCAAUGUUUCUCAAACUUGAGUCUCCAGCUGUUGUUGGACUACAAUUCCCAUCAUCCUUAGCUGUCAAGACCAGUGGUCAGGGAUGGUGGGAGUUGUAGUCCAACAACGUCUGGAGACCCAAGUUUGAGAAACACUAACCUAGCUUACUUCUCUCUAAUCUACCUGAUAGGGCUAUUUUGAGGAUAAAAUGGGGGGGGGGCGGGGAGCUGUGCACACUACUCUGAACUUUUUUAGGAAACAUGGUAUGAUCACAAAUACCUUAUAGCCUCCAGAAUUGCCCCAGAAGCUGGUUUUAAAAAGGGUCUUAUGCAAAAGAGGCAGUGUGGUGCAGUGGUUAGAGUGUUGGAGUAGGACCUGGGAGACCAGAGUUUGAAUCCUCACUCCACCAUUAAGCUCACAGGGUGACCUUGUGGGCCAGUCACUGCCUCUCAGCCUAACCUACCUCACAGGGUUGUAGGGAUUAAAUGGGAGGGACGGGACUUGAGCUCCGUGAAGAAAAAGGUGGGAUAUAAAUGCAAUAAAGGAGAACAGGAAAAAUCCUCUGAGCCCAUGUGGAGCCUUCCAAGAGCAGACGUGUAGCAGGCCUUUGGGAAACCCUGCCUUUGCAAGGAAACAUUCGAGGCGUGAUUUCCCCUUCAGCCAGGCACAGUUGGGCCCCGUUAGAACAGGGCAUUAAUUUUUCUUGUCUGAAGGUCACACGCGGAAAUAGCGCAGGCCUCCACGGAAGGAUUUAUAGCCCAGUGGUCAGCCAGAACGAAGGAAGAUCCACUGCUUGCCGGGGAAGAAUGGGAAAUUUAGCGGAGCGUAAAGUAGCUUGCAUACGGUGCAGUGCACAAGCUAUUAAUUGAGGCCUAGGAAAGCAUCAUCGGCAAUUUAUUGCCGCGAACGCUCACCUCCCCACCCCCAUCAAACGCAGUGCCAGCUUGCCUCAGGAAAGGGGGGCUUAAUGGACAGCCUAUAUAAGGAGCUGCGUAUUUCAAAUUUAUCUCGCCAUAUUUCAAGGUUAGGUAAAGGAACUAUAUUUGCAAGGAGCCGCUUUAAGCAGACUGUAAAUGACGCUGGGUUUAAAUUAGUAGCUUUCCCUCAAAAGGUGGGCUGUGGAGGCAGAGUUACCCGGCCGCCGUCAUCCCCUCCCUUCGGUUUCCACCAGCUUCUCCUUUGUGUGUUUUCAUGUUGUCGUAAAGACGGUCGUCUGUCAAAAAAAUAAAAAUAAAAGACAGGCAGCCAGUUCCUUCGUGGUUCUGCAGAUACUGACAAUAUCCUAAGAAGGGUGCUAAGUAGCGCUGCCUGGUGAGAUGUGUGAGCAAAUCCAACUAGCAAUUCAGAGUGCUGAUUUUGACCUUCCGACUGGGGAAGAAGUGUGGUGCAGUGGUUAGAGUGGCAGGCUAGGACAUGAGAGGCUGGGGUUCAAAUCCCCACUCAGCCAUGAAGUUCACUUCGAGUGACCUUGGACCAGUCUCCAACCUACCUCACAGGGUGGGGAUUAAACGAGGAGUGGGAGAACCAUGUCUGCCACCUUGGAACUCCUUGGAGAAAAAAGCGGGAGAAAAAGGCAGUAAAUGAAUGGAGGAACGAGAGUUGGAAUCCAGCCACAUCUUACAUACUGUACGCCAUUUUGAGUACUGGGAAAACCAGCCUUUAAAUAUACAUUAAAUGCCUUCCUAGCCAAGCAUGUUGCCUCAGGAUAUGCCUCUCUGUGUCAUGGUUGGUAGUUCAGAGCGAUGGCUCUUCAAGUCUGUUUCUGACUGAUUCCCUCAGGAGGCAGAAGUAAUUGCGGCUGUGUUCAAGCUUUGUUCUGGCUGCCGCCUCUCUGCUAAGGUGACAAUUCAGCUGACCUGGGGUUGAAUUCUCGCUGUCGCCCUGUGAGCACGGAGGAGAAUUUGGCCAUGCAGCGCAGGCAGGUGGUUAAAUGGUCGGCUUCAUGGGAAGGUGAACGCCAGUCCACUUUCCUUAGGGACUCGAAGCAAAUUGCCUUGACCCAAACCUACGAGUGCAACUGCGAGUAGUCCUGGGUGGCUUGGCUGUGUAAGACAAGUGUCAUGGUUCUCUUGUUGGUGACAGGGCUUUCUUAUGAUGAAAGGACAGUUGCACAGAAAGCAAAUUGCUGUGAGAGAGAGGGAGGGAGAGGGGUUUUUUCCCCUGCCCAUAAAGUAGUGUUGCUGAGUGUGAAGUGGAUUGGCUCCUUUCCCCGCUGGGUUUUUCCUCCCUACAGUUUGCGUUGGGAUCAGUGUAAACAGAAACCCAUCUUUUCUGGAGUAAGGACCACCAGCUAAGCCAUUUUCCGGUGGGCUGCAUCCAACUAAAGUCUACUCUGACCCAUUGAAAGCAAUGAACUUACGUUAGCCAAGUCCUUUCAUUUUAGAGGUAGCGUUGGAUACAACCUCAUGACUAAUUUAGGCAUAUUACUUUCAGUGGGUCUCCUCUGAGUAGCACUAAGUUGGAUACAACCCUGCAUUUUCUGUAGCCCCGAGAAGACUCAAAAAGCAAUCUAUUUGAAUUAAAGCUGAGAGUUCCUGGCUGAAGCAGUUUCUUUUUGCUCUUCUCUGCUCUCCCCAAAAGCAGGGAAUAGUUGUCUGGGCAUUUAUCUAUGUGACUUAAUAGGACACGAAGGACAGCUAUGUUUCUAUGUUAAAAGGCAUAACAAUUGACUGAAUAUUUUUUGCAUUGCUGGUGAUAUUUUGAAACUUUCUCUCUCUCUGUUUGUGUGUGUGUUCCUUGAGGAAGUAUCAUUAUUUAAAUGUCUCUGAAUAUGUUUGGAAUAUAAAUAAGAUUGUUUGCUCACAAGAUGUAGGUUGACUGCACUUUACAGUGUUGGCGAAUUUCAGCUUUCUUGUUUUUCUGUAUGCCUUUCCAAUGUGUGGUGUUCAAUAAAAAUAUAUCCUAGGCUAUGAUCUCUCGCUUGAGGACGUAUGACAAUAUACUCACAAGUCUGCUUGUUUUAGCCUUCAAAAGACUAAUCACCUUGUAUUACUUGUAUGAUGCAGACCUUUUAAUGUAUUUAUUCUGAUGUCGGUGUCUGGGUUUGAUUUUUUUGGUGGGGGCUGGGGAGUUUGCUACCGUUUUUUUUAAAGUGUUGGGGUUUUGUUUUUUACCCAGGCUGGGAUAGACUAAAGCAGGCAAACUAGUGAAAGCUAAAUUAAGAAAAGAUCUGGAGAUUCAUCCCAUGUAAUUUGAAGUAACUUUAGAAAGCCAAGAGUAUUCUUGUUCGUGGAACUGGAUACUUAUGCUAUUCAGAUUAUUUCUUUUCUGGUGACAAAAUGUCAUAUACAGAGUCAUUGAGCAUGUGUGUUUUGUAACACCAGAGCAAUGGCAGAUGUGAUUGCAUUCCAUAGACUUCCUUAUCUUAGUAGCCCAUGGGAAAAGUAAUACCACUGUUGUUGUGUAAAGCUAAAUGCGCAAAUUAACCUGUCUUUAAGAACCAGUAUUUUGGAGGGGGUAUAACUGAGUUGGAAUCCUGAACACUCCUUUUAGGAGAUCGUGGAUCCCUGAAACAUUCUGUCGCAAGUGCUGCUUGUUGAAUAAUUGCAGGUUGCUGGAUAGUGCAGCAGAGAUUUGAGCCCAUGUGAUUGUGUGCAGGUCUACUUAAAAUCACAGGCCUGUCAAUAAAUCUAUGUUCUGCUUGCUCAUAAAGCAGUGGCUGUGAUUUCUUUGCAGCGGAUGCCUUUUUCAAAGCGGCAAUAAGCCUUGUCCCCGAGGUGCCAAAGACGAUCAACAUAGAUGGGAAGAUGCGGUCCUCCGAAACGUUCCUCCUGGAGUUCCUCUGCAAUUUCUUUUCCACUCUGUUGAUCAUUCCUGUAAGUAGCCAGCAUGAGCCACUCAAUCUUUAGGGCGGAAAUGCUUCUUCUUCUAACCCGCUGUUAUACUAUCAGGGCAGCUUAUGUAGCUAGGCAAGACAAAAACAAUUGGGGGUUUCUAAAAUAAAAUAAAAUAAAAUAAAAUAACAAGACACAUAAGGGCUGUGUAAAAUCAUUAGGAAAAUCAAAUGGGGAGGACAAAUUAAUUUUCUUUUUUUUGAAAAAAACAAGUUCUUUUUGGCACCAAAAUGAUAUUAAAGCAGACCAUUGGUGAAUUUGGAUGCUGCCACUAAAAAGGCCUUUACCCAGUCACCUGGUGGGUGGAAAGACUAGUCAAUGGCUACUAGUCAAGGUGGGUGUAUAUUAUCUUCCAGUAUUGCAGUAUGCUGGAGAGCAACAAUGGGAGAGGGCUGUUGCUUUUGCGUUUUCCUAAGGCAUUUUGUUGAAGCAGAAUACUGGGCUAGGUAGGCCCUUUGGUUUCAUCCAGCUGGGCUCAUCUGAUGGUCCUUAGACCCUUUAAGAGCAUAUGAACAGCUAAAAACUGUUCAGGCCAUCUCCAGCAUCCUAUUCUCAAAAUGGCCAACCUAAUGCCUCUUGGAAACUCUGCAAGCAGGACAUGAGUGCAGCCGCACCCUCCCCACUUGCUGCUCUCAGAAACGAGGCUCUUUAAAAACAUUUGUGCUUUGGGUUUUUUCAAAGGCUCAAAUUGGGAAGAGCCAGGAGUGAGCCAUGUGGAUUUCAUGAAGGCUUUCUGCCUUUCCCAGCGUUUUCUCCAUUAUUUUUGAGCUCCUUAGAAACAGGAGGUAAACCUCAGUCUGCAUAGUGCAGGUAGGGGCUCUCACAUGACUUGAUGCUCUUCCACGAAAACAAAGUUAAACAAAACAACAACAUGCCAGCAUGCUGCUAAACUGCUUGAAAUCGGUUGGGUUAAGGUGAGCGCUUCUAAGCCUCUCUUAAGAGCUCUUCAGUCUCCCUUCAACUGCUUACGACAGUGCUUGGUUAACCAUUGCUGAACCAGCACAAAAUCUCUCGAAGCAGGAUGUUAUGUUGCUGCAGGUGGUUGAAGUGUUGUUUGGGGGACAGGAGUGUUGAAUCAACCUGUUUGAUUAUACUGGGUCUUACUUAAGUGUGUGUGUGUGUGUGUGUGUGUGUUUUUCCGUAGGACCAUCCCGAGCAAGGCGUGUUGUUUCUUGUGCGAGGGCUGCUGAACGUCAUCCAGGACUAUACCUGGGAAGAUAACGGUGAUGAUAAAGUCCGGAUUUAUACAAAUGUUGUGCAUCUUCUCUCAGCAAUGAGUCAGGAGACUUACAUCUACCAUGUAGACAAAGGUAAGAGAGGGAGGCUUUGAUGCUGGGAGCCCCAGAAUUUCAUUAGGAAGCUCCUGCAAGCCACAGUACCAAAUGCUGACUCGCUCGUGUGAACAAUAAUGCAGCUGCCUUCGACUGAGUCAGCCCAUUGGUCCAUCCCCCCCAGUAUUAUCUACUCUAGUGCCCUUCCCCUGAAGUUUUGGACUACAAUUCCCAUCAGCCCUAGCCAGCUUAGCCAAUGAUUCAGGGUUUACUCCUGAUUGGUACUUCAGAGUCGGGGGCUUUCUUAGCUCUGCUACUUCCAAUGCUCUUAAAAGGAGAUGCCUGGGAUUGAAGCGAAGAUCUUCUGUGAGCAAAGCAUGUGCAGAAUCUUUUGCAUUUAAGACUAGGUAUCUGAAACUCUGGAGAGCCAUUGCCAAUCAGUGGAGACAGUGCUAGGCUCUGCAUGGUCUGGCUCCACAUAAGGCAGUUUCCUGUUAAUUUAGAACCACACAGACUGAGAUCUUACUUCAUACCACAAUAGCUGAGUGGUAGAGCAUCUGCUUGGAAUGCAAAGGGCCACAGGUUCAAUCCCUGGCAUCUCCAGGUACGGCUGGGAAGGACUCCCUUCCUGAAAUCCUGGAGAGCUGCUGCCAGUCAGUGUCUGCAAUACUGAGUGAGAUGAGCCAGUGGUCUGACUCAGUGCAAUGCUGGUUCCUGUGUCCCUGUGCUCUACCACUAACCCUAUGCACAAAGAUUGAAUUGUUUAUGAAUAUGGCAGGUUUAAAUACAUGGAGGAAGCAGGUGAUUGGAACUGCAGUCCAACAACCUCUGGAGGGCUGUAGGUCCCCCAUUCCAGCUUUAAACAGCGGCUUCAGGGGGAAAAGGAAAGCUUCAAGGAGACAGAUUUGGUGCUAGCAAGGGUGUUCUGUUAGGAGCUGACAGACUUAAUGGACAAGCAAAGGCGAUUGAAUGGAGUUGCUUGACAGCAGAAGAUAUAAAGGCAGUUGAAGGUUCCAGAGGUGGAUCGGUUAAGAUCACUGUUGCUGAUAUAUCAGGGGAAUAAGGGGGGAAAGACUGUGGAGAAUUUUAAAAAGGUAAACACGAGGAGUUAGUCUGGAUGCAGAGAUGAUGGGAUUGCCAAUGGAGGAGUGGAGUGUUGCUUGGUCUGAUGGAAGAGGUGAGCUAUUUCAGCAUAAAAGUUACGUGACUGGCAUGCAGCCGUAGUCAAGAUGAGACCUGAUCAGGGUAUGGAAUGGCGUUGGAGGGGAGGAGGCAGAGAAGAAAGGGCCUGGUUUACAGUGCUGUACAAGCAGAAGUGCCUUGGCCUGACGCCAGACUGAUAAAUGGAGGGCAAAGGGGUAAAUGAAGUCACAGGUGAGGCCAGGGCUCUGGUCCUGUUCAGCCUUGCUAGUGGUGGAUAGAUUGCCUUUAAACUUGGGCAGUUAACAGAAAGGUGGCCUGGAGACAAAGAGACGCCAUAGACACCUUCUGUUGGAUCCGGCCUCUGCCCUGAGUCAUAUAAAUGAGGUUGCUUGUUUCAGGACUUCAAGUCCUCUCUGCAUCCAUCUUAUACUGCCACCUCCCCCUGCUCCAUCUUUUUGUUUGGUGGGGCUGCAAAAAGAGAAGAGUCAGGAUUCUGUUAUGGGGUUGUUUUGUUUUUUAUGGUAUAAUAGAUUUGUAUUUUAAAAUGUGUUUUAAGUUGUUUGGAGACCUUCAGGUUACAAGGGACUAAGAAGUCUAAUAGUAAUGAUGAUAAUUAUAAUAAUUAUUAUUCUGGAGAAGACAGUAAGGGGCAAAGAGAGAAGAGAGGAGUCAUUAUUUCCAAAGAGUAAAAAGUGAAAGCUUUCCGUUUCUUUUUUGUAUCUUUCAACUGUGUGUGUGCAGGGGAAAGGCACAGUUCAAUGCUGAAGUCACAGUGCAGGUCAAGGGAUCAACAGCCUUCUAUAAUUAAGCACAGUGACCUGUCAGGCAAUUAGUAGCCAGCCUGAGGGAAGGGGUAGUAAAAGCUUGGAAAUAGGUAGGAGAGUGAAAGGCAGAAAGAGGCAUGUAUUUAUUUAAAGGAUUUAAUAAACUGCUUGAUCCAAGAAGCUCUCCAAGCCAUAUACAAAAAAAUUGGAGCUAAAACCCACUGUCUAAUUAAAAACAAAUAUACGUAGAGCCACUAUCAUUAGAGACAAAGAUAAAAUUAAUAAAACUUCUAAAAUGGAUUUAGGUAACUCAGUUUCUAUAUCUGGGUAGACUUGCUGAAACGAAAAGGCUUUCAGUGGGCAGCUGAAACAGUACAGUGAGGGCACCUGCUUAAUGUCAGUAGGCAGGGAGUUCCACAGACACUGGUAGUGCAACAUCCCUUAUUAAAACUGAUCUCAACACCAAGAAAAUUUAGCUUACAAUUUUAUUUCGGAUCGGAUAGUAUCACGUUUGAAGUUUCUAAGGGCAACUUGCGUCUUAUGCAGGGGUUCGGUUCUUGGGGUCCACAUAUAAACACAAAAUCAGCCUCUGCCAAUCUGGUGCCCUCCUGUUUUGGACUACAACUCCCAUCAGCCUGAGCAUGAUGCUGUGCUGUCUGGGGCUGAUGGGAGUUGUAGUCCAAAACAGGAGGGCAACAGAUUGGCAGAGGCUGAUGAUAUAAAAUAUUCUGAGCUCCUUGGAAGAAAGGUGACAUGAAAAUAGAAAGAAGAUCCACUCUGGGUCAUGUUUUCAGCCUCAGUUUGGUGCUUGUUUUUCUCUUUUAGCACAGCUUGAUAAAUCCUUUUCGGUUACUAAGCAAGUAUUGAGUGUGCAAUUGGAUUAUGAUCCUGCACAAAGAGCCUAAAUACUUAAUCCACACGUUGCAAACCUUAUUUGUGCAAAACCUGGGAUUAAGCGCUGCUUUGCAUCAGUAACUCUUGAGCGCUUGGUUCAAAGAACUUCAUGUAUUCCUAACUUUAAUAAUAAUAUCUUACUAGUGCAGGCAUGCUCAAGCUCAUUUAAUCUCAUGACAUUUCCCUAAGAGAGAGAGAAAAAGAAAGAAAGAGAAGGCUUCUGCCCUGCUUUCUCUCUUGCCAUGGCAGUGGAUGAAGUAGUUCUUUAAAAAUACACAGCUUACUUGCAGAUAGCUUAAAUGAAGUGUGGGUAAGGCCACUGGAGUAAUCUGCAAAUGCUGGAAGACUUCUGUCUUGACUGUGUAGCAGAUUCCAAUAUUUCUGUAAAAUCAAAUACCUGAAAGUGGCAUUCGGAAUUACCUUAACCCGGGUUGGCAGCGUUGUGGCUACUCCUGUUAUGGGUGUGGAACCUUUUUCAGCCAAAGGGCCAUGUUCCCUUCUGGGGCCACGUACUAGUGGUGGGCGGAGUCAGAGGCAGAAGUAGGCAAAGUGUACAAUAGGCUAGUUUUUGCACACACCCCUCUGUGUCAUCCAUCCAAUCAGAGUUCAAGGAUGCAUUCAAGUCAGGCAAAGUCAGGAAAAACAGUCUGGAUACAAAGCAGGGCACAUGAGUGGGGAGAGAACCAGGGGCCAGAUCGGUCUUUGAGGGCCACAUUGGGCCCCUGAGUCUGAGGUUCUCCCCACUGGCCCUGAGCUGUUUUUAAUGUUCCCUGUCAUAGUAAUAGUAUAUGCAUGGAUGUGGUAUUUUAUGAGAUUGUUAUAUAAAUGCUUCUGGUUUUUUUAAGCUGUUUUUGUUGUGAUUGUAUGUGUGUGUUUACUUCUUUUUAAAUAUUGUUGCUUUUUCCUAUGUUUUUCUCCUAUGUUUUCCCUAUGUUUUUAGCUGUUUUAUUUAUAAGCUGCCUUGAGUCAGGGAAAAAGGUGGGGCUGGGGAAACUCAGCCAGAUGGGCGGGGUAUAAAUAAUAAUAAUGAAUUAUUAUUAUUAUUAUUAUUAUUAUUAUUAUUAUUAUAUUUUAUAACAAUAAUAAUCUUUUAUAAACUGGUUUGAAAACCUCUUGAGAUUUUAUAAAGCUGAAUGUAAGUACAGUGGUACCUCAGGUUACAUACGCUUCAGGUUACAUAUGCUUCAGGUUACAGACUCCGCUAACCCAGAAAUAGUACCUCAGGUUAAGAACUUUGCUUCAGAAUGAGAACAGAAAUCUUGUUCCAGCGGCGCGGCGGCAGCAGGAGGCCCCAUUAGCUAAAGUGGUGUUUCAGGUUAAGAACAGACCUCCAGAACGAAUUAAGUUCUUAACCCGAGGUACCACUGUAUUCUAAAUAAAUAGAUGGAUGCUGUCACAGGGGAGGUGAUGUAUAGAAAGCCCCGGGAGACAGAGAAUCACUUCCAUUUUUUUAGUUUUUCUUCAUUUCUCUGGCACACCCACUUGGUGUUUACAUUGCAAUUUUUUAAGUGUCAUGGGACUACUCUUUUAUUCUCUGUUUACAUCGUGUUUUGACGUGGUUGAUUUUAAGCUGCAGCUUCUGAAAGUUUUGCUUUCUCUCCCUGAUAAUGUGUUAAUAACGUUUAGCUUGCUUUGUUAGUCCCUGUUGAAUGGGUAAUUUUAUUGAUUUUUGUUUUUCUGAUUUUUAUAUCUUGUAUACUGCUUUGAACACUAGUCAUGGGGUAUACAUAUUUCAGAGAAAACUAUUUUAAGAAGCUUCACAUUCUUGGACACCAUUCUGGCAUAAUUUUAAAUAUUUGUGUAAGUGAAAUAAAAAAUGGUCUUAGGGAUGUUACGUUCUUUGAAAACAAAUUAUUGAAUGUACCAUAAAGUCAACGGUGAUCAAUGUUCUAUUUUGAAAGAAAAGACUAAAGUGAGAGAAAGCGUUCUUGUUUUGAAAAUCAAAGAGCAUCCUGUAAGAACAGCAACUUUUCCAUAUUUUUGAAAGGAAACUUUAGAGGCUUUAAUCAGUCCGAAUAAUUAGACAAACUUGGCUCAUUAGUGUAUUUCCCAGCAGAAACAGAAUUUUCAGAUGAGUCUUCUUAGAACUUUAGUACAAUCUGCUGAGGGUAUUUGCAUUUUGUAUGCAUGAAAUCCGCCCCCCCCCUUUUUUUUUGGUUUCCAACAGUCAAAACAAAUUAAGACUUGUCAUUAGGAAUUUUCAUCCAAAAGUUACAGAACAGAUCCAACAUUGUACACUAGGUCAUGCCUACAUGGAUGUUCUGAAUGCACAUCCAACUUUGUAGUUCACUAUGUGCCAAGAUGCUCAGACUCUACUUUGCCCAUAGCUUACUCUACAGAUGGAGUAAUUUCAAGCUCAGGUGUAUGCACUGGCUCUGCCCUCUGGGAAUGGGUGGUAUCCAGCUAAGCCCUACUGAGAGUUCUUGCAUUGCAGGGAGUUGGAUGAGAUGACACUUGGGGUCCCUCCCAACUCUACAAUUCUAUGACCAACUGAAAUUAAUGAAUUAAUGGGUCUCCUCUGAGUGGGACUAGCAUUGGAUACAGCCCAUUGUUACUUGGAAAACUGAAUGGCAGACAGAAUUGCUCUGAGGUGUUUUUGUAUUGCUUUGUAACGCUUUCAUGUUGUUGUGCACUGCCCUGAUGUUUUGCAAGAGGGCGGUACAUAAAUAUUUUAAUAAAAGUAAGUAUUCUUACUUUAUAUAUAGAGAGAGAGCAUUUAGGCCCCUUGCUUCAGCCCAAAUGGCUCCCAGAGUGCCUUACAUACAAUCAAUUAAAACGAGGCAGUACGUGCAUGUAGGUUUACAAUCUUAAACACACACACACACACACACAGGAACGGAGGGAAGAGGAAGAAAAUAAAACUCAGGCACCAAUAAAUGUUUACUUUUUUGUCUUCUGUCAAGCAUUCUUGAAUACCCACAUCCCUGUUUUUAUUCCUAAACCUGUUUUCUCAGUUGAAUCCAAUGAUACCCUGUAUGGUGGAGAUACCAAAUUCCUGGCAGAAACCAACAAGCUGUGUGAAACCUUGAUAGCCCAGAUCCUGGAGCAUCUCAAGAACCUUGGGAAGGAUGAGGUUGGUGCAAACUAGUUUCUUCUUUUGGGACACCCGUCUAGCCUAGCCUUCCCCAACCCCUGCAGAUUUUGUGGGACUACAAUACUCAUCAUCAAUGCUUGCCGGAGCAGAUUAGAGCUGUAGACCAAAACACCUGGAGGACACCAGCUUGGGGGAACUUGGUUUACAUAACAAAUAUUUGCACAAACACUUUACAUAGUUUGCUUCCAGCGUUGUGUUGGGCCUGAAAUCUGCUCCUAAGCUGCUGGCCACUGUUUCUCAGUUUUACUCUCCUUCCUUUCCUUCUGAACAUAUCUUGCUUACACCAUUAUUAUGGUCACACCAUUUCCUGCUGAGGUUUGGUCUCAUGGUGUCAGGUUUCCCUCUGCAGGGGUGGGGGGCCCAUUAAGCUGGUAUGGCCUUGGAGACUGGAUUCCUGAACCCUCUGGGAGAUUUUGUGGUGGACAGAGCUCUUGAUUCUGCUGAGGUCUUAGUCUUGCUGAAAAUCAGUGAGAUUUGGUGGGCUAUUCACACAAUCACUCCAGUGGCUUCUCCAGCCUGGAGGAGCCCACGUUGUUCCUUGGUAUUCUAGGGAGCUGCAGACUAUAACACGGGCUGGACGAUGGCCAGAGUAUGAGUGGCGCAAAAGGCAAGGAUGACUGCUUAGGUCUCUGUGAUGACAUUGACGCUGCUGUUGUUGUCACCAGUCUGGUUGAAGUGUCCAGUGUACCAUCUGGUCUAGGUCUGUGGGACAAGGGUCAGCUUUUGAGGCUUGAGUAUGUGGACAAGGUGUUUGCAGUGAGUCAACUGGCCACAAGUCAACCAGCCAUGUAUUCCUUUGGCCCUGACUCAUCCUGGCUAAUUUGAGCAGGCUGAGGAGAGGGUGGGUGAGUCCUGGGUAUAGAAAAUGCAUCCUUGCAUGAGAGUGUGAUGCUUGCCAACCUUAAAAGAGGUGACAGUCUCUCAGUUCCUGGGGGGAAACCCCACCCCACCCAGGAUCCCAUGAUCAGUGAAAAGUACCAGCUUGUCACAAAUAACCCCUUGAAGAGUGAGGUGUUCAAGAGGGUGGUAGCAACUCUCCAGGCACUCCUGGAGAAAGAUUAUCUAGGCCAAAUCCACUUUGGUUUUAGGCCUGGCUUUGGAACAGAAUCGGCCUUGGGUGCCCUUAUGAAUGGCAUUUAGUGUGAAAGAGGCAGGCAUAUGGUGGUGGUGCAUCUUUGUUAAAUCUCCUUGAGCUCUCACUGGCUUCUGAUACCAUUGACCAUGGCAUCCUUCUGAAAGUUACCAUCUGGUCCCCAGUAUGGUUUGACAUGUCUAUGAUGCUGUUGGGAGGGUUCAUUUGAGGUAUAGGUACACUGAUUAUUCCCAGCUCUGAAUCAGAAGUGGCUGUGCCAGUGCCUGGAAGCAAUGGUGGGCUGGAUGAGAUCCAACAAGCUUAUUAUACUGUAUUAGAUCCCAACAAGAUGCAGGCUCUGUAGGUGGGUGGCUUUCAGGCCUGUUCUGGAUGGGAUCUAGUUUGUAGUCUGCAAUUUUAACUGUUUUUGUCACUAGAAGCUGAGGUGUCUACAGUGGCAAAAAGUGUAUUUUAUCAGCUUUGGCUUGUGUGCCAGCUCUGGCCGUUCCUAGACAGAGCAUUAGCCAGGCCACAGUGAUCUGUUCAUUGGCAACGUUGAGACCGAACUACUGCAAUGCACCCUAUGAGCUCAUAAAGCAUAUAAGUGCUGUAUAAGAACAUCUCUCAUUGCCCACUCAUUGGGAGUGUGGAGAGAGCAGUUGCUUGACUUCAGCAGGGCUAAUGUUCCUGUAGAAUGAGGUAGCUGUAGAAGCAUGAUGUUCAACUGUAGCAACAUCUUCUUGGGAGAGCCUUUCCCUAUGUUACAUUCAACAUAACUCUUUCUUGCUGGGUUGUAUGCGUGCACGCAUGAGCGAAUAGUCCUGGUAGCAGCGUUUAGGCAGCGUUUUAAUUUCUUUCCCUUGCUUGCUUCAGCAGUAAUUCACACCGGGUAACAGUUAAGGCUGGGUGAAUUGAGAGAGGGCUCUGGUGAAGUAUAAAAUGCAUUAAUUAAUGUGGCAGGUCAGCCACAAUGGCUCAGCAGCUUCCAACUAUUCUUCAGCUGAUUUGAUUCCUUGGGGCGAUGGCUGGCAGCUCUGCCUCUAAAAGGGGGGAGGGGAUGGCAAGCAGCUCUUGCUCUUCCCAAGUUGAACAGAAAGUGCUUCCUGACAAAGGGGAUGAUCAAAAGAGCAUUCAGCCUACUACACAGGGGUAAUGCUGGCAUUGCUAUGGAACACCUCUAGGGCUUGGCAGCUGCCCUAGAGAAUCCCUGAUGUGGUGCUUUUAUGAAGCAUCUUCAGGGUAAACAUAUAUGAGCAUAUGAAACUCCCUUCUACUGAGGUUAGAUCGUUGGCUUAUCUAGCUCAGCAUUGUCUUACUAUGGCUCUCUACGUGUCUGGAUGAGAUCUCUUCCAGCUUUCCUACUUGAGAUUCUUUGGAAUGGGAUUGAACUAGGGACAGUCUGCAUGUGCAAGUCAGUGUUUAUGUGACACUGCCUUUGUUUUUGCUGUUUUGUAAUGUGUUCUAACAGUGUUGCGUGCAAUACUGCAGAAUGACACUGUUGUUUCCAAGAGGGUUUAAAAAUUUAAAGUAGGCAGAAGACGUGAAGGGAGGGGCUGAUAAGGGAACAAAAGGGGUUGCUCAGCCGUAGGUUAAUGUGCCUGUCAGUCAAGUGCUUUCAUUGCAGCUUCAGCCUAAGGGAAAUGCAAUUCCCUUUAGAAACAAAAGAUGACAUAUGGAUGAUAAAAAUAAAAAAUAGUAUUAUCUCCAUCAUUACAUCUGUUGAUCUCAAAACAAGGCAAAAGGCUUGACAUUUGUUGGUUGAAUGUCUGUAAUCAAACAAGAAAAAGUAUUUUGUCAAUUUUAAUACUGAUUUAUUAUAGCACAAACAUUUGUGGACUAGAGUCCACUUCAUCAGAUGCAUGAUGUGGCAUUGUCAGUAGGUAGAUAUGAAUCAAUAGGUGCAGGCUAAAAAAACUAAAAAUGGUCCCAAAUGACAGUGAAAUGCAACAUCUGCAGCCUGACAUUCCAUCAGUUGAUUCUCUCCUUUCCCUUCCAACCCUGUGUAUGAACUUGCAAGCUACAUGUCUGUCUGCUAAAAGAAUUCUGUGUUUUAAAAUGUUGUAGACUUUAAAGCGGCAGAGCCAGCUGGCCCUCAACCUCUUCAAUAGCAUCUUGGCCCACGGAGACCUGAGAAACAACAAACUCAACCAGCUCGCUGUUAACUUGUGGAACCUGGCUCAGAGGCACGGCUAUGCAGACACAAAAAUCACGGUAAGGCAGAUUUUAAGGCUGGGCAGGGUGUGACCUUUGUAUUCAAACAACAGAGUUUUGCAGCAUCUUAAAAGACUUAACAGAUUUAUUGUAGCAUCAAUAUUUAUGGGCUGGAAUCCACUUCAUCAGAUGCAAGAAGUUGGCAGCUAUAAAAUAAAUAGCUACAGAGAGGAAAAAUGGGACCAAAUGGCAAUGAAGGGAAAGGGUCAGCUUGCUUUGUUUUGUUUCCGUCUGUAGAAGACUUGGUUUAGCAGAAUUGUCUCUUUCGACAUUGUCUAAUAAUUUAAACUUUUCGAAUUAGGGUAUCCAAGCUUCCCUGUUUUAAUUGGAAUAAUGGUUCAUGCCUGACUCCACUGGACCCUGAAACCCAGUUUGCCACCCUACUUAAAAGCAGAGCUGCAUAGCAAGAAGACACCUCAUGUCAACCUUUCCCUCACUUUCCCCAUAAAACUGGAACUCGGGGUCACCCAGUGAACUUGACUGGCAGCAGAUUUGAAACAGACAUAGGAGAAGAUGCACAACACAUAAUUAGUCAUGUGAUUCAUUGUCAAAAGAUGUGUUGAUGCUCACAGACCUGGAUGUCUUGAUAGGGUAACAUAAUAUAUCCCUCAGUCACUACUAGUCAUGGCUGCUAUAGGAAUUAUCCAUUUUCAGAGGUCGUGUGCCACUCCAGUACCAACUGCCAAGGGGCCAACAGCAGGGGAGGGCUAUUGACUUCAAGCCUUGCUUGUUGCCUUUGAGGAUGCACCUGGUUGGCCAUAAAUGAUGGACUAGAUGGACCUUAAUUCAGAAAAUCAUUGCUAAAUAACUUUUGCAUGGCUUGAUGAUUUUCUUUUGUAACUUCUUUCCUUCCCCCAAAGUCAGACUCACCACUGAGUGUGCAACCAAAAGAAUACCUGGGCUGUUCCAUUUCACUCUAUGCCCAUCAGGAAAAUAUAGGGAGAAUGCUGCUAACUGCAUUUACCCAGAAUAAGCCGUGCUGUUCACUAGGAAGUGCAACUGCCUACAUUAGAGCUGGAAAAUGGGUAUUUUUGUGGCAUUGUAAACCCAGGGCUGUGUGUUCCAUGCACUUUUAAGUGCCCAAAAUUAAUUUUUACAAAAUCGAAGCUGUGCUCCCAAGGUAACUCAGAUUGACCGAUGGCCAAUAGCCCAGUGGCAGAGCUUAUGCAUUUUUCAUGGCAAAUGUUCCAGGUUCAACGCUGCUACUUCCAGUUAAUGGGCCUUGGUUUCAGCAAGAGAGACAGACAGAGACCCCCUUCUGCAAUUGGGGCCAGUAAGCUGCUGCAGGUCAGAGCAGGCUCAAGUCAUUAUGAGGCAGCUUCUUUCUCUGUGAUUUACAUAACAGACACACCUUAAGCAAGCUUUCACGAUUGCCUGCCCUUUGAUUUUGGUUGUGCUCAGGGGUCAGGAUGCUCUGCAGGGCAUUUCAGCCCUGUUCCCAACUAACACUGGGCGAUAUAUCAAUAUAUCUCGCCCAGGACCAGUAUGUGAGGGUAGACUGCGAUGAUAACUUCACUCAGCAUCAUUGCUCUUGAGUCCCUCUGCCGCCCAGCAUGUUGAGGAAGAAAUAAACUAGUCAGGAGCUGGAGACAGAGGGACUCAAGUGGCAGCGGAUUCACCGGCGAUAUACCACUGGUGAAACUGCAAUCGCACUCUGCCCCUGAAUUGGCAACUGCCACCAGUUCGCAGGAGUCAGUGGCAGGAUGGGGGUCCCAUUAAAAUGCUCCUCCUAACCCAGCUGCGAGAGCCCUGACCCUGUUGCUGCUUGCAUGAGAGUAGGAGCGGGAUCAGGGCUGCUCAGCUGGGAAGAGCAAAGCCAGCCCUUCUCUGCUGAGAGAGCCAGGACCCCACUCCUGCUUGCACUUGAGUAGGAGCAGGAUCGGGUCUGCAGCCGUGCUUGGCUACCGCCUGCCUGCCUUCAUCUGGGAGGGUGUGCUGUGCCUUUCCUCCCAGAAAGAUGGAGCCCACCUUCCUGGUGCAAGGCAGCCAGGCAAGGCAACCCCCAGAGGAAAGAGGCAGUGCACCUGCAUGGGCAAAGGCUUAAGGCAGUCAAAUCCACAAAGCCCAACAGGCUCUGUGCACUUGGCUACUGGUCUGUCUUUGGGAAGUGGGGGGCGAAAGUGGAAGGUAGCUUGCUUGCCCCCCACACCAGUGAAGGCGGAGGCAGCCUGGCCAAGGAGCCCCAAGGUCCUUGCUGCUCAAGUGCGAGUGGCAGGGACACCAGGGCUGCCUCUGCUGGGGGCAGGAGCUUUCCGCCCCCAGCAGCCUAGCCAAGGAGCCCCAAGUCACCUGGUGGUCACACGUGAGUGGAAGGGGACUCGGGGCUCACUCAGCUGGGGGCAGGAGCCUUUACACCAGGCAUAGGCAAUCUCAGCCCUCCAGAUGUUUUUUGGGACUACAACUCCCAUCAUCCCUGACCACUGGCCCUGUUAGCUAGGGAUGAUGGGAGUUGUAGUCCCAAAACAUCUGGAGGGCUGAGUUUGCCUACGCCUGCUUUGCACACAUCCCCAGAUGAGCAGCAGGCUGGGGCCAGCUGUAUUGGCCACAGGCUGCAAGGUGCUGAGGUAAAAGCACCUCAGCUUCCAUGAUGAGAACUGCAGCAGUUUCACCCAUCACCUUGCCAGGUGGUGCCAAUGCAGCUUUUUACAACAUCACAGUUUAUCACCGAACUCUGGUGUUUGGAAGCCUCUGCCACCUUGUUGGUUUUUGAGGACUUCCACAGAUGUUGCUUAGGGCACUGUCAAAUUUCCACAUUGUUCAGUGGUUUCAAACCCAUCCUGAAGCAGAUGCACAUUACCUGUAGAGAGAGGACUUGAUUUUCAUUGUUUAUUCCCCCCCCCCCCUUCUUUCUAUCUUAGGUCAAAACCUUGGAAUACAUCAAGAAGCAAAGCAAACACCCUGAGCUGAGCCAUUUUACCGAUCUGGCUGCAAGACUUCCUCUGCAGUCAAGGACCUGACAAAUCAUAGCCUCCUGAACUUGGAUGUACUGGAGGGUCCUUCUCUAAGGCCUAUAAACCCCCCCCCCCAGGCUGCAUCUUAGGCUAUUAUCGGAGUUCAAUAUCUUUUUUUCAUUUUGUAGAGUCCCUUGGUGCGUGACAGAUUUAUUUGGUCAGAGACAGAAGGAAAAUGUGUCCUGACAGUGCCAUCAUUUUUGAAAUGAGGUUUUGUUUCCCCACUGCACAGCCACUAACCAUUAAAAGGUGAUUUAAAUGCUAACUGGGGGUCGGUGAAACAGUAUCUUACAAUUUCAGACUGGAAAUAACUUUUCUAUCCAAAUCUGAUGGGGCUGUAAAGAAAAGAGGAGAGAUAACUUGUGCCAGCAUGUUUGAGCAAUGUCUUUUGAGUGCUGCAGCCUUUGAAAGAUGGGCUUGUACAUCUGAUUAACAGGGAGCUGUUACUCAGCGUUCCUCUUGAAUAUACCUCUCAGAACACCUUGCUGUUGGUGUUUUCUUAUUUUAUUUUAAAGCAUCAUGUAAAUGGAGAGAUUCUUGAGCGUUUGUGGUAGACCUUGAGAAAUACUUGGAAGCAAAUGUGUCCGGGAAGCUUUGGUGGCUAAGCUCAAAAUGCAUCGCUGUAUUUAAAAAAAGAUCUAAUCAUGGAUACAUCACAUUUGUAUUCAUUCCCAUUACCGAACUUUGCAAGCAGUGCUUAGCCUGCUAUUUUGUAAUCAUUAGGCACACUUAUUAUUAUGCUGCAUAACCCAGCCUUCAUUUGCCUUUUGAUUGUAAGCCCAUGUGAGCAGCUUGAGCUUUUUAUAAAAAAAUUCUUUAAAUUACUGGUUAACACAUCCCUUUGAGAAUGGGCGAGCAGCGUAUUAAAAUGGAUGGGGUGUACCAUUUUCCAGUUCAGCACCAGCAAUGUACAUGAUGCCUUAGAGAGGCAAAAAUGGAAAUGUCCCUGCCUGCAAAGAGCUUGCUCUUUCCAAAUAGACAAUUUGGGGAAACACAGGAAAGAUGAAUGCGGACAGAUGUGAUCAAAUAAGGUACACUGAAAGCCAUGCAGAGAAGGUGAGUUUUGAGGAGGGAUCUGAGAAGGAAAAGAGGUAAUGCUCAUAUAAAGACCACACCUCUGUUUGAGAAAGUUUCACACACAGGGCCAGAAAGGGAGCAUAAUUGUUUAUUUUGAGGUUUUUGAACCAGCCCUUGAACUAAACGAUUCUCUAGGUGGUUUAGCACAAGUUGUUGUAAUACGAAAGCUCACCUCUGCAAACCCAGGUCAUGAGACGAGCCUGCGGGAUUAAGCCAAAGGCUCAUUUAGUCCAGCCUCCUGUUCUCACAGUGGCCAACCAAUGCCAAUGGGAACCCCCAAUCAGGACAUCGCUCUCCCCAGCAACCAGUAUUCUGAGGCAUACAAGCUCCAGCAGUGGAGGUAGAAUGUAGCCAUGGCUUGGCAGCCUUUAAUUCUAUGGCUUAUGGCACAAGCCAGUGUGUACCUCCCUUUGGUUUCAUAGCUCAAGAACACUGGGAGGUUGCAGCAGAGUUGUCCUUUCUGGCUUUGAGGGAGGAAGCAAGGCCCCUGCAGCUGCUCUUGACUUGCUGUGAUAUUCUUCCCAGAAGGCAAAGGCUCCAGCCUCCCAGUGACCCUUGGUCGCCCUGACCAUUGGCAGAGUCCAGUGUGCCUCCCUUUGGCUCUGCAGUACCAGGGAAUCUGGCUGCUACAUCAGGCCUGUGUUAAACAGCAAGUGGCCUUUGUGUAGCUGAGGGUGCAGGAACUGGGGUAGCAGAGGUGACAGUGAGAAGCCAGGGCCAAAACAGGGUGUAGUAAUAUUCUGAAGAGCUUUAAAAGGGUAAGGGGCACAAUUACUAGAGUAUCCCUGCAAUGUCCUUAAGGAUAACUCUGCUGGCCAGACCUUUUCAUUUUCAAGAAAAAAAGUUGGGAUUUGGUGGUCCUGUAUGGUAGGAGGUUUCUGCUACAAUAAAGCACUGUGCACAGUGCCCUUUGGUGGCAUCGCUGCCAUGAGGUCACUGCAUGGUAUUGCAUGUCCUUGCAGGAGCAAACGUAUUUGUUGCUGGUGUUGCAUUGGAAAUAUCAGCCACAGAGGUUUCCUCGUAAUUCUGUUUAAACAAAUGGAAUCCCACCCAUGCUCAGUGGAACAUGGAGAGAAACAUAAUGAAAGACAAGUUGUUUAAGCUGUUUGUCUGCAAGCUUUGCUUAUACAAUGAGUCGUGUAGGAAGGAGCACCAUGCAUCUGAGGACAGAAGAAAACGAGGCAGAGAACAAGGAUGCUGGAAACUAGGAAUGAGUUCAAAAACCGGACAAAUCAAAGUCAGCUGCUGUUAAGGGAGUGGUUGCUAGGGGCUUAGUAAGUGCAUAGUGUAUAAAAGGGAGGGGGAUGAUGAGACUUGCUGAGCCAUUUUGCCAAGCAGAAUUCUACUGCCUUAGUAAUAGAGCCACCAAGGAAACUGGGGGCAGAAAGCUGAGGGGAAGCUAUUAUGCUUGCAGAACAAGCAAACAUCUUUUGGGCAGAAUGCAAUUUGGAUGCAUCACCAUUGCCAUGUGAGGACAUAAUAGAUUGCAGUAGGUGGAGGGGAAGGGAUGGGUGUGAUCUGGCAUAUUUGCAGAUCAACCAACUCACAAGUCAGUUGGGCAAACCCAAUGCAGAAUGUUUUAUGCAAACAAGUAACAUGGGACUUCAUGGCUUCUAGACUAAAGUUGUUGUUUUUAAAUGGCAGCUCUAAUGGGAAUAUAGAUCUAUUAAAUAUUGGGGUUUAGAACUAUUGCAGAUAUCUGGCCACCUAUGAGGUAGGUUGCCAGCUUGGUGGAGGUGGGGAGGCAAGAGCAGGUCUGCUCUUGUGCCUUUGAAAGGUUUGAUAUUCAGAGUUCAGGAACUUGAGGCUUUGCUAGAUAUAGAGGGGGGAAAUCAGUUGCUGCUUCCUGCAGACCAAACUGCUCUUAAAGAGACAGGGACAGGUGCAGCUUCAACAGCUGGCAAGCCAACAGAAGGAUAGGUAAAUCCUAUCGACCCCCUGGCUGAGGCAGUAGAGACUUGCCAGUGCCCGUCGCUCAUACUGUCAAUCUUUCUGCAACCCUCAGCAUACUAGCAUCAACUCCUCAAAACUGCCAAUCACCACUUAAUUAGAACUGCUUUCUGUUUUCUUGAGUGCGGCUUUAUGCUUGUGAGGAUUCUGGACACUCCAGAUGUUGUUGGACUCUUAACUUCUGACAGCCCAGCUUAGCCAAUGGGCAGGAGUGAGGAGUGUUGCUGUGGUCCAGCCACAGCCCCUUUGGGGCAACCCAGAAACUGCAUGCUGGCGGUGGGCGGGAUCAGAGGAAAAGUAGGCAGAGUGACUAAUGCAAAUUUUACUUUUGCACAGUAGGCUAGUUUCUAUGCACACUCCCCCCUCCAUUCAGAAAAGCAAGAGGCGUUAUCAGAAGGUGAAACAUGUAAACAAGCAACUCGCGUAUUGGAACUCUUCCUACCAUGCAGGGUAGGGAUUAUACAGUGCAGGCUGGAACAGGACCGGCUUGUGAUCUCGAUUUGUAACAUACAGUAAUGUCACGAGUUUCCUGUUCAUUGUGACUUCAACUCAGUGUGGUGUAGUGGUUAAGAGUGGUAGUCUUGUAAUCUGGGGAACCGGGUUCGCGUCUCCGCUCCUCCACAUGCAGCUGCUGGGUGACCUUGGGCCAGUCACACUUCUUUGAAGUCUCUCAGCCCCACUCACCUCACAGAGUGUUUGUUGUGGGGGAGAAAGGGAAAGGAGAAUGUUAGCCGCUUUGAGACUCCUAAGGCGGGAUAUCAAAUCCAAACUCUUCUUCUUCUUCUUCAUGAUACAGUAAGAGCCAUGGCUGUUUUUCCCAGCUAAUUCUUUUCAGGGGGAAAAGAUGCUGUGCAGCUCUGGCAUGGCUUCAGCUUGAACUGAGAACAAGCUUACAAAAGAAGGGCCUGUUUUAACUCUCCUUGCCCUGUCCACUCAGAAGAUUCCCAUUCACCCCCCACCAAAGAGAAAAAGAUGCAAGUUCCCUGUAUCUUUCUCCCUACAGAUAAAACAGUAGAUGGAUGGGAGAGUGGGAUUACUGCUGACAAGGAAGGGAUUAAACAGUUCUCUGACCCAAAGCUACUUGUAGCUAUUUCACCUACCUCCACCACCCAGUCAUUUCAGCUUAACAGCAGGUGAACAUCAGGUGAAACUAAUACAAUGAAUAACAUAAGAAACAAAAGCAGCAAUAAAAUGUAAUUAAAAGUC